AGGAAGCGGAUGGGGAGAGGGCGUGGCCUCUGCGCUGCUCACUUCCUGGUUCCCUCUCCUCCUCCCCCGCCCGCCCCCGGGAGCGUGAAUGUAGCGCGUUGGUGGGAGAGGAAGGUGUAGAGGCGCGCGCUUGCCGGGGCGUCGCGAGCUGCCUUCCGCCGCUGGCGGGGCGGAUGGAACGUCUGGCUGGGCGCUGGAAGCUUGACCCGGGAGGCGCGAGCGGCGGCGGCGGCGGCGUGUUGCUUCAUCCCCAGCCCUGGUAGGUUGAAGGGAGGCGAGUCUGGAGCCCCCGGGGGCGAGGGAGGGGGAUUCCCGGGGCAGGGUGGGGAAAUUGGCAGGACCCGGGGGGGUUGGCAGCCGUGGGCUGCUCUGCAGCAAAGCAAAUGCACGCGAGGUGUGGGUGCGCGUGUCGCGCGUGCACGUGUGAAUGUGGCUCAGGAAGCCGCGGGCAGGUCCUGGGAUGCCGCUCCCUGCAAGGUGAGUCGAGUGUCACACGAAGGGACCUCGCGGGCCAUCUAGCCCAACCCCUUGCAAAGGCAGGCUUCUUUUGGCCGAUGUGGAACUCGAACCCACGACCCUGAGAAUGGAAAUAUGGUCCCCAUAUUGAGAUAUGCUCCCCAUACAAGGACUCUCUCGGCAUAUGUCCUUUGCAGGCAGUCUUGGGGCUACUGUGCCAAGUAUAUGCUGUACAAAACCACAAAAUACAUAAUAAAAAUAACAACAACAACCCAAUAACAAGCCCCCCCAAAACCCCACAUUUUAAAAGGGCAUAGGAUUUUAAUGUGAACCUACCUAAUAGGAACUGUGUGAAUCAAUAUGCCCCCCCAAGCCCCAUGUGUAGAAUGGGAGAGUUAAUCAUCAUCAGUGCUUUUUUUUCUGGGGGGCUCAGGGGGACGCAUACCCCUAAACAUUUUGUGAAUCUUUGUACUUUUGUCCGUUGGCUGUAUUUGCUUUUCCCGAUUUGAACUAUAAAAUGGUGAUUUUCUUGAGUCAAAAUGAGAGUACCCCUAAACAUUUUUUCGGAAAAAAGGGGCCCUGAACAUUUUGUGAAUCUAAGUUUGGCCUCAUUGAGGGGCAGUAUUUCAAUAUGAGUAAGAAAAGGAGAGUAUACCCCUAAACAUUUUUUAAGAAAAAAAAACACUGAUAAUAAUAAUUUAUUACUUAUAUCCUGCCCAUCUGGCUGGGUUUCCCCUGAAGGGACCUGAGGGUCAUCUAGCUCAACCCCCUGCAAUGCAGGAGGUCCAUACAGGGGAUCGAACCCAUGACCUUGGCGUUCUCAGCCCUGCGCUCUUAAACCACCUGAGCUAACCGGUUGGAUUGUACUUGUUUUGGAUGAAGUUUAAAGGGGAAAGGGGUUGGAUGAAACACUUGAACUGCUGGGCUGCGUUUGCUGGGCUACUCUGCUUGCAAUAAUAACAGCAGUAAGAAUAAUUUUAUUAUUUAUACCCCACCCAUCGGGCUGGGUUGCCCCAGCCACUCUGGGCAGCUUCCAACACAUACAAAAACGGAAUAAAACACAAGUUAUAUUCUUAGGAAAAAUACAGAACUACUCUGUUUCCUUUGCUAAUUUCUGUUAACAGAAGUUCACGUUUACCUGCUUGGUGAUUCUGGUGGAACUACGCUACCAUACAAAUCUACCAUCUAUCUGUGUUGUGUUAGUUGGUGAAGCGCUGGAAUUUGGGAAGACUUUGGGUCAAACAGGGUUCGAAAUUAUCAAGGCACAUUUUGCACCUAAAGAUUCUCCAUUUGCAGCACCUCCAAAAGUCUGGGUGCCGUUUUUUGCGCUUGGCUGAAACUCAAGGAUUACGGAAAUGUACGAUAUGUGCUUUGAAGCUUCCAAGUUAAGGAUAAACAAUAUAUUAAGGAGUUUAUCAGUAAAGAGUGUUUUGAAAACUCAAGUACGGUACCAAUAUUUUUAUUGUAAACACCACAUUAAACAUGUAUUAACAAUUUCUGAAAAAAUGUGAUAUUUACAAUGUGUCACUUAUGUGAAUUGCGUAGUAGUUCAUGCUUAUUAAUUAAUAAAUAAAAAGUGUUGCCAAUUCUCCCUGCCCUUGGUGGCGACUAGACAUUCAGCUUUGGCACCUACAACCCAGGUCCCAGAAACCAUUUGGCUCCUAGCUUUUCUAUCCCGGGUUCUAACACUCAGGCCAAGUAUCUGCAUAUCUAUGAAGUUCUCUUUUUUUAAUAUUUUAUUUUCAUUUUUAAAACGAUAUUCUUAUGCAUUCACAUCAUUUUCAAUUUCUACACUUCUGGGAUUACUUAGAUCUCUCAGACUUCUACCCCCACCCCCGAUUUCCAAUUUCUCCCUAUUUUUUUUGCAUCUAAUUACAUUUUUCCAAUCCAUAUUAUCUCCUUUUUUACCUUCAGUCAUAUUACAAGUGCUAUAACAAUCCUCCUGAUGUUUUUAAGUAUACACAGCGGUCCUUAAGAUAUUCUGUAAACUUUUCUUGCUCUUGACUGAAUUUCUUGUCCUCUUGGUGCCUGAUCCUCACGGUCAUCUUUGUCAAUUCGGCCUAGUUCAUCACCUUGGUUAUGCACUCUUCUUUAGUUUGGACUUCUUAUGUAUGAAGUUCUCUUGAGUGAUGUUGGACUGGUGGUUAUCUCUCAGCCUGUCUUGCAGGGUAACUGCGGGGAUAAGGGAGGGACUCAUAUGUGCCACCCUGAGAUCCUUGUUCAAAGGGCAGGAGGAAAACAUAAUAAACUAUGUUAUUAGCCCUUUAAAUUCAGCAUGCUCUCAAAUGGAGAAGUGUAACGAUCAACAUUAAGUAUUGCGGUGAUGCUGGAACUGAAAAAAGCUAAGCCUGAACUAACUGGAAGAGGAAUUGCAUGUGUGCAUACACACGUGAUGAAUUCUGUGGGACAAAAAGGACAUUUCUAUGAGACAAGAGCUCCAAUCUCGACACGCCCUUAUUGCGUAGAGGAGUGUUGCAAUUACUCGGUCCCUGGAAAGAAGAAGCCUUCUCUUCAUGUACUAAGCCUAUGAAGUUACUCUCUUAUUUUUGAGGACCUGGGCAAAUACUUAUAAUGGUCAAGUCUGAUUUUCCUGCUCCAGUAAAUUCCAGAAGAUAAAAGUUAAACACGGCAUAUUUUCCUGAUAAUCGGACAGCAACAUGUUGCUUAAAGGGUAAUUUUGUUAAAUAUAUUCUGGAUGGUGAGAUUUUUGUGUCCUCAAGGUUUGCCUAGUAAAUGAAUGUGUGGACCUGAUAAAAGAUUUCUCCUGUGUAGGCUUUUUCCUUCAUUGUUAAAUUGGUGGUGUUCGAGACGGAUGGAAGGCUUCAAUAACUCAAGCAAUGUUUGCAGUGCUAAGCAGUGCUUUUCUUUUAUAAUGCUAGGGUCAGUAUUCAGAUCUUGAUUUGUAAACGGUUAAUUGACCAGUAACCUUAAUUCUAAGAGGAAUGUAGAAGUUUGUCACUGUAACCAACGGUUCUUUGUUACAUGUACAGUACUCUGUAGUGCAGCCUUGAAUUACCGUAUUUUUUGCACCAUAACACUCACUUUUUUCCUCCUAAAAAGUAAGGGGAAAUGUCUGUGCGUGUUAUGGAGGGAAUGCCUACGGGUGGCAUGCCUACUGAUUUUCCUCCUCUAAAAACUAUGUGCGUGUUAUGGUCGGGUGCGUGUUAUAGAGCGAAAAAUACGGUAUUUUCUGUUAGCAUUCUUCAAUAUCCCAACAAAAGGUGGGGAUGCUACACUUUGGCCUCAACACUUAAAACAAAUAGAAAGUUUCAGAAAACACUUUUUUUAGAUUGUUUCAUUUCUCAGAUUAAUUUGUGAUUUUUAAAGCUACGUAAAUUAGUUUAUUGCAAUGUUUUUCAAAAGGAGACAGUUGCAUAAAUUUGCAGUAGGAGUACAUUUUAAGUGGUGAAAUAGGUACUUAUUUUUCCAUUAAGUUUAGCAGUAUAUAGCUGUAACUUUUCUUACUUGUACAGAGCUGUUUUAUUCUUUGUUACAGCCUGUUCAUGCGAGCUAGACAGUGGGUAACCUUUAGUUACAGGACUUCAGAUUUGCCUUUGUGUGGGAUAGUAAAUAACUUUAUUCUGAUCAUCUGUUUGCUCUUUUACAUGAGUGUUAUUUCUUAUCUGAGGUUGCAGUCCUGUGAUAACACAUUCUUAACCUGGGAGCAACUCUCAUUGCACUUGAAUUUGCAUUUCAGGAGGCCAUGGCUAGAAUUGUGCUGUUAAAGAAACUACAGUAUUCAUUUUAUACACACGUUCCGUUUUUGUCAUUCUCCUCUAAGGUGUAUUCCUGUUUUAAGUUAAUUGGUUAAUCGCAUGAAUGCAAAGAGAGAGUAGUGAUCCAAAACAGGGAUAGUAGAAGCAUUGCCUCUGCAUAAUCUGGCUCCGUGUAACUUGAUCACACGCAAAUUAAAGUACAGUAAAAGCAUGUCUGCCCUGAAUUGUGAUACCAUAAGUGUAUCACCUUUGCAAAUUCUGCUGAACUAGUAGUUCCAAAAAACCUUCAGUCGACUGGUUCUGGCAGCUCCAACAGUAAACGGUUUCAUAUCUAGGAUCACGGAUAGAUUUGAAGCAUGUUUGGGAACAGAAGAGAAGCUAUGCAGAAUUUAACAUAUUUCGAGCCAUAAAUUUCCCUUGAUUUGUCUAUUAGAAGCAAAUUUUAAGUCCCAAGACACAUAUCACUUUCCUGCAGUUCGCUUCACAUCUGUUAGCCACAAUAACAGUAUUUGAAGGAAAUUUAUGUGCUGUAGUUAGUGGAUGAGGCCACAAGUGGAGAGGCCAAGCUCACUAGAUCUCUUGGCCUGUCCUACUUCACAGGGAUGUUGUGAGGCUGCCUCGAAUUCUCAGCGGGAAAAGUAGGAUCUAGGAUGCAAAUGGAACUAACAAAUGUAUGGAAUUUAAAACAAUGGAAAAUAAGAUUGAGAGCUCAUUUUGUUCCAGGCUUUGCGUGCUGGCGAAGUUCUAAAUGACCCCUAUAGUAUUGCACAAAUACACAGAUACACAGUUUUCGUGUUGUGGCGCAGAGUUGGCCAGGGGAAAGACCGCCGUCUUGACAAACCCUCAGGCUCCUUUGGUACUUGUUCUUUGGUUUUACAAUGGCUUCACAGAGCAGUUUCACAGGAUAGUUACUGUGCGAAGCCACAGCGUAUGAAUUAAUAGAUUUUAGUAUCUUAAGGCUAGAGUAAGCGUUAAAUGAGAUGAGUACGACGAGUAAAUUGCUUUUCAUUUGGCUGUACAAUGUGUUUGCAUAGAAGUAGCUAGGCAGUAUUUUGUAUCCCCAUUAUCUUUAAUUUCACUCCGUUAAAGCAAUUUCUGCUUGCAGGAAUGUGUUUACAGUGGUACCUUGGGUUAAGUACUUAAUACGUUCUGGAGGUCUGUUCUUAACCUGAAACUGUUCUUAAUCUGAAGCACCACUUUAGCUAAUGGGGCCUCCUGCUGCCGCUGCGCCGCCGCAGCACAAUUUCUGUUCUCAUCCUGAAGCAAAGUUCUUAACCCGAGGUACUAUUUCUGGGUUAGCAGAGUCUGUAACCUGAAGCAUAUGUAACCUGAGGUACCACUGUACUGCCUUUUCAGCCCAGUUAUGGCAAUCGGAUGAAAUAGGACGUUUCUUAUGAUCCCUCCGGUAGUCAUAAACCAGUAGGUUUCUGAAGUAAUACAGUGAUUUCUUCUGAAGCUACAGGUGAAUAUAGUAGCUUUUCUGAAAGAUAAUGACCAGUCCUGUAUGUGGCAUAACCUAAUAUGCAAAGAAACACACAGGGUGAUACUUCUCAUAAAAAGUAGCAGUGAUGGAAAUUUGCCAGGCGUGUUUUGCGACUGGCGCUGGUCCAGUUUUGACCACGUGGAGAUCUCUGGAUGCCAGGUUGCCGAAUCACAUCUCCCUCUGGCCGGCCCCUCCAUCUUUCUUCAGCAGGUCAGCAGAAGAGCUUACUUACUGCAUUUAUAUAAUAAUAACAACAACAACAAUAAUAAUAAUAAUUUAUUAUUUAUACCCCACCCAUCUGGCUGGGCUUCCCCAGCCACUCUCGGCGGCUUCCAAAAAAAAUUAAAACACUGCAAUACAUCAAACACUAAAAGCUUUCCUAAAGACGGCUGCCUUCAGAUGUCUUCUAAAAGUCUGGUAGUUGUUGUUGUCUUUGACAUCUGGUGGGAGGGCGUUCCACAGGGCAGGUGCCACUACCGAGAAGGCCCUCUGCCUGGAUCCCUGUAACUUGGCUUCUGGCAGCGAGGGAACCGCCAAAAGGCCCUCGGAGCUGGACCUCAGUGUCCGGGCAGAACGAUGGAGGUGGAGACGCUCCUUCAGGUAUACUGGGCCGAGGCCGUUUAGGGCUUUAAAGGUCAGCACCAACACUUUGAAUUGUGCUCGUAAACGUACCGGGAGCCAAUGUAGGUCUUUCAAGACCGGUGUUAUAUGGUUAUAUAUCCCGCCUUUUUCUCCAGGGAGUACAUGGUUCACCCCACUCCUCAGUUAAUACCUAGAAAAACCCUGCGAGGUAGGUUAAAAGACUGCGACUGGAGACACGUCACCCUCAAUUUCACGGCUGAGUGGGGAUUUGAACCCUGAUCUCCCAGGUCCUACUUCGACACUCUAACCCAGGGGUCAGCAACCUUUUUCAGCCGCGUGCCAGUCCACUAUCCCUCAGACCAUGUGGCAGGGCCGGACUAUAUUUUGAAAAAUAAUAAUGAACGAAUUCCUAUACCUCCCAUUCCAACGAAAAAAAUUAACUCCCUCACUAUCGCUGCCGCAAACAGUUACCGAUGCAGCAUAAAGGGAUAAUUGAAGAGAGACAAGGUUAAUUUUUAAAAUUAUUUUUAUUUAUUCCAUUUAUACAAUUUCGCUAACUUACUGGGAGUUAAAUACCAAUGGUACGUCAUCUUCAUAAAAUUUUAUUUCAGUGUAUAACAGCGCUUUGUGACACUUUCAUUCUGGCAGGUGUUUGAGCUGAAAGCUCUGAUGCAAACUGCCCAUAAGCAGCUCAAGCACCUGCCAGAAUGAAAGUGUCACAAAGCGCUGUUAUACACUGAAAUAAAAUUAUAUAAAGAUGAUGUACCAUUGGUAUUUAACUCCAAGUAAGUUCUCUUGGGUCUCUAGUACAGGGGUCAGCAACCUUUUUCAGCCGUGGGCCGGUCCACCAUCCCUCAGACAGUGUGGGGGGCCAGACUAUAUUUUGGAGGAAAAAAAUGAACGAAUUCCUACGCCCCACAAAUAACCCAGAGAUGCAUUUUAAAGAAAAGCAUACUGGCUUCCUGGAGCACUUUUGCUAUGGGGCAGCUGUAUAAACUAAGUAGGUGAAGAAACACGGGGAAAGCAAAAUGUUACUUAGAGAAGGAUCUGAAAUAUUUUCCUUGAAGCUUGAGUUUGGUUUAUUCUGCGUUGUUUAAAUGUGUUGUAAACCACUUUUGAGUUUUUUUCUUUAAAAUAUAAAGCAAUAUAGAAAUGAAAAAUGUUGUUGUUGUUGUUGUUGUUAAGGCAGUGCCUAGACAUUCCGUUGUGGCAGCUGGAAUCUAGGUUUAAGGUACCAUUUGGUGGACUAGCUUACGGUAUAUAUCUAACACUGAUCAGUAAGCAGAUUCAGUAAAAGCUACAAAGCAGUAUAUGAUUUUUAGGGGGGGUGGGAUUAGCAAAGAACUAGGGAAGGAGUGGGGAGUGCAGUUGAACAAAGAUAAACAGGCAGUUGAUGAUAAAGGAAGAUUCAGCAGUACAAUGCAUUAUGUACCAAUGGAAAGUUGAACGGAAUCUGUUCCGGAAGUCCGUUCGACUUCCAAAAUGUUCAGAAACUAAAGCACGGCUUCUGAUUGGCUGCAGGAAGCUCCUGCAACCAAUCGGGGCACCCUGUCAGACGUUUGGGUUCCAAAGAACGUUUGCAAACCGGAACGGUUUGCCGUGUUCAGGAGCCAAAACGUUCGACUUGCAAGGCGUACAGGAUCCAAGGUACGACUGUAUGUGGACAUGGUCUCAGAACACUUGAUCAAUAUUUUGGACAUCGCCUUAAAUCACACAGAUGUGUCAAACCCUGGUUAGCAGAUUCUGCAGAAGAGUUGAGAAUUCAAGGAGCCAGGAUAGAGAGCACCUUUGUGAUUCUUGCUGCACCCUCAGAUGGCCGGUGAAUAGAGGAGAUUUAAUUACAGGAGAUAACUUAUCUCUGGUCUUCUCUGCAACUCUGGACAAUGAAGGCUUUAUUACCUUGCUUUGCUAUGACUGGUUAAGAGAUACACCAGUGGCUAGAUGUUAUACCCUGCGGCAUCUGUUUCCAAUUGCAAUAGUUUGGAAAACAGGGUUUUCUGUUUCUGAUAAAUCCAGGAGCACAGGGAGAAGAUAUCCUCCUGUGUUUUUAAACCGCUCAUUUUGAUCAAGUUUUUGUCUCGCCAGAGUGGUGCAUGCUCUGGUUAUCUCCUGCUUGGACUACUGCAAUGUGCUCUACGUGGGGCUACCUUUGAAGGUUACCCAGAAACUGCAACUAAUCCAGAAUGUGGCAGCCAGACUGGUGACUGGGAGUGGCCGCCGAGACCAUAUAACACCAGUCCUGAAAGACCUAUAUUGGUUCCCGGUAUGUUUCCGAGCACAGUUCAAAGUGUUGGUGCUGACCUUUCAAGCCCUAAACAACUUUGGCCUUUUAUAGCUGAAGGAGCAUCACCCCAUCGUUCAGCGGUCUGAGGUCCAGCGUCAAGGGCCUAUUGGCGGUUCCCUCUCUGCGAGAUGUGAGGUUACACGGAACCAGGCAGAGGGCCUUCUCGGUGGUGGUGCCUGCCCUGUGGAACGCCCUCCCAUCAGAUGUCAAAGACAACAACAACUACCUGACUUUUAGAAGACAUCUGAAGGCAGCCCUGUUUAGGGAAGUUUUAAAUGUUUGAUGUUUUAUUGUGUUUUUAAUAUUUGAUUGGGAGCCGCCCAGAGUGGCUGGGGAUACCCAGCCAGAUAGGCGGAGUAUGUAUGUAUGUAUGUAUAAAUAUUCUUCUUCUUCAUGACAGUUGAGUUUACAUAUACAGUCAUGCCUCGGGUUACAGCCGCUUCAGGUUGCGUUUUUUUGGUUACGCACCCGCCGAAACCCGGAAGUACCAGAACGGGUUACUUCCGGGUUUCGGCUGUCGCGCAUGCACAGAAGCACUAAAUUGCGCUUUGCGCAUGUGCAGAAGCGCCGAAUCGCAACCCGUGCGUGCACAGAUGCGCCGCUGCGGGUUGCAAACGUGCAUCCCACAUGGAUCACGUUCACAACCUGAGCGUCCACUGUACAGUGGUACCUCGGGUUACAGACGCUUCAAGUUACAGACUCUGCUAAUUCAGAAAUAUUACCUUGGGUUAAGAACUUUGCUUCAGGAUGAGAACAGAAAACGUGCAGCGGCAGCGGGAGGCCCCAUUAGCUAAAGUGGAACCUCAGGUUAAGAACAGUUUCAGGUUAAGAACGGACCUCCGGAACGAAUUAAGUUCUUAACCCGAAACUGUUCUUAACCUGAAGCACCACUUUAGCUAAUGGGGCCUCCUGCUGCUGCUGCGCCGCCGGAGCACGAUUUCUGUUCUCAUCCUGAAGCAAAGUUCUUAACCUGAAGCACUAUUUCUGGGUUAGUGGAGUCUAUAACCUGAAGCAUAUGUAACCUGAAGCAUAUGUAGCCCGAGGUACCACUGUAUACUGAUUCUCCAACGGCGCACCUGGAAUACAUAGCAGUCUUGCCCGCAUGGCAGUUUUCCUGCCACUCUGUGCGAAAAAUGCAUAAUUCCAAAGCCUUUCAUUUACUACUUAACCCCAACUACAGGGCGUAGGUUAUUAACCUAGGAGAUAACAGUUUGCAUUGGUGAUCCCAAGGGCUAAUAUUUAAUUCUAACCUCCUAAUCAAGAAGUACAGCUUUCCAGACUUCUUGUUAAAAAAUGGGUACGUUCUGCAACUUGUUCCUGCUAGGGAUUAUUCUGUUACUGCUUUGUGUGCUUCUAGCACAUGACUGAAUCAUUUUCAGGCAUUUCAGAGGCACCACGAGUCUUGUUUUCUGAUGCUUUUUGCGUUGUUGUGUGUAACUGCGUCUUUUGAAGUAAUAAAACUCAAACCCUGUCCUAUAAAAAUGCGGCACUCAUGCAUCUAGCUGCGCAACUGUCUGAAUCUGCCUGAAAUACCAGAACCGUUGUGGUACAGAAGACCUUAGCGUUAAGCUGUAUGUUAUACAUUGCAGAAACCAAUGUAUUUGGGUGGCAGGUGUUUUUUUUUUUUUUUUUUUAAAGAAAAUUGGUCCUCAUCCUUAUGCUGUUAAUCUCUCCACUUCCUUCAAAGUUUUAUUUGUGGAAAUGAGGAGAAGUAGUGUUUGUACAGUGGAAAUCAGUUUUCUACAGCUUGUCACAUCAUAGCCAUAUUUCCUGCUCCCAGUCUGUUGAUUAGACAAUUAAACUUGGAGGCUAAAUAGAAUAAAACUUGACUCUGAAGUCCAAAGAUUUAAAAAUCUUUUUUUUUUUUCUUAAAGGUUGUUACUUUUAAAUAUACUGCUUCUGUUUGCAUGCUUCCUUCAGAAAUACUGUAUACGUGUUUUAUUUUUUAUUUUUUACCCCAAGCUUGUUGCAACAUAACAACAACCACAAAGUUAUAUUCUGCCUCUAUAGAGUAUUGGCUUGAGAGUAGAUUUAUAUGCACAAAUGUUGGCUCUAGGUCUGUCUGAUUUAUGAAGAUAAUCAGAUCUGUUCAGAUAGCACAGCAGUAUUCAUGUGGGCAAAUAGAAAAAAAUAAACUGUAGCAUCUUGCUUGUGUGAGUUUUCUCAGGCAACAAGUGUUGCAUCAAAUGCAUGAUUAUAGAAGAACUUUUACAGACAUAAAUUAUGGCUAUUGAUUUUGUUUAUUGUAGGUGGUGUGUUAGACUCUCAUUACUUUUUAAAUACUUUUGAUUUGCCUUUUGUAAAUAUACUGGAGUGGUUUAAUGUUACUUCCAAGACUACGCACAUGUUGAUUGUAUAGAUUAUUUGAAUGUCUGAGACCAGUUUUCUGAAUUCUAUAGUAGUCUGACUUAAUCUACUCCCUUCGCUUAAAAAAUAAUUAAAGUCAAGGGGACAAAAUAGAAUGCUCCAGGGUUGCCAAAACUUGGUUUUUUGACUAUAGUUUUCAUCAUCCUUGACCACUGUUCCUGGAUGAUGGGAGUUGUAGUCCAACAACAACUGGAGACCCAAGUUUGGGAAACUCUGCUAGCUUCUGCAUACUUAACUGGAAGUAAUUCCAAUUGAAAAAAGGGAGUGAAUAUGUAUACAAUCUGCUGUAUGCCCUGGAGCCAGUCCAGGAUUUAAUCCCGAGUGAUGCUAGAAUCUAGUGCAAGAUGCAACCAAUGUCACUCUGUUUGGAAACAAGGGCCACACUGUCAAAUUCAACUACAAUGAAAGUGGAAGCUUGCCUAGAAAGUCCGACAGGGUAACACUGAAUUUCUAAAGGAGUCAUUUGUAAAAAAAUUUAUCAGAGGAUUAGUUUAAAGCAAGUUGAAGUCAGGAUGAUUGAAUAUCCUCGGGACAUUUGGAAGAAACCAGUAUUAUUAUUAUUUUUAAAAAAAUAAUUUUUAUUGAAUGAUUUUAUGUUACAUAGAAAACAUUACAACCAUACUACCACAACAUAUAAUUGAGAAAGAAAAAUGACAUACACCAAUAUUUUGUUUGUUAUUUGUUAUUUACCAUCAUAUUUCCUCCCAAACAUUCCAUAGAAAACACACACCCGCACAAACACAUAGUAAUAAUAAUAAUGAAAAUAAAUAUUUCCCCCUUUUAUCUUACAAAAUCUUUACUUCUAUUUUGACUUCCUGUCAAGUCCCUUUGCAUAUAUUUUAUCUUACAAUUGAAUGUACACAAAACAAGUAUUAACAAGGCUCAGAUAAAAUGAGCGAUUGCAUGAAUAUGGCAUAGAGCAGAGUGUGGACUGAGCGAAAUCGCAUUUUAUUGCGUGAUUUAAAUCACCAACCGAAGGUUUGUCUUUGGCUGCAGCUUGCAGUUGGGUUGGAGAACUCUGAGCCUGAGUUUUGAAGCCAUGCUAAACCAAACCUUGGCUUAGCUGGGUGCUGAACAGGGACAAAAAGGAUGGAGGAAGCGUAGGGUGGCUACACGCUCCUCCUCUGGAGACAACAUAUUCCAGCAAGCUUGCCUUCUCAUUUUUUGCCAACAAGACAAGCGACUAUUAGCCAUGAAUAGAACAUGUUUCUGAAUACAGUGGUUCCUUGGUACUCAAACGCCUUGGUUCUCAAACGCUGAAAACCCGGAAGUAAGUGUUCCGGUUUUCGAAUGUUUUUCGGAAGCUGAGUGUUUGAUGCAGCUGUUGGCUAUUGUUUCCGGGGCACCUACACCAAUCAUAAGCUGCGCCUUGGUUUUUGAACAUUUCGGAAGUCAAACGGACUUCCAGAACGGAUUAAGUUUGGCACAUUUGUUUUUGCUAUUUAUUUUGCAUUUUUGUUUUUUGGUUUUUUUUGGUUAAUUUGUUUUUGUGCCUGUAUGGAACCCAGUUCAGCUAUUGAUUGAUUGAUUGUGUGACUGUGAAAAUGGAUAAAAGCCCCCCAUCCAAACAAUGACUCAUCAGUGCAGGUAAGGAAAAAAAUGAAUUUUAAUUUUUAUCAUCUACAAUACUGUCUUAUUUAUUUUAUAAUACAGUUAAUUGGUUAUUGCUUUCAUUUUCUGGAUCAGUGGUCUCGUUAGAUAGUAAAAUUCAUGUUAAAUUGCUGUUUUAGAGGUUGUUUUUAAAAGUCUGGAACGUGUUGAUCCAUUUUGCAUUACAGUGGUACCUCAGGUUAAGUACUUAAUUUGUCCUGGAGGUCCGUUCUUAACCUGAAACUGUUCUUAACCUGAAGCACCACUUUAGCUGAUGGGGCCUCCUGCUGCUGCUGCGCCGCUGGAGCACAAUUUCUGUUCUCAUCCUGAAGCAAAGUUCUUAACCCAAGGUACUAUUUCUGGGUUAGCAGAGUCUGUAACCUGAAGCGUAUGUAACCCGAGGUACCACUGUACUUUCUAUGGUAAAGUGCACCUUGGUUUUGGAACGGACUUCAGGAACGAAUUAAGUUUGAGAACCAAGGUACCACUGUACUAGUUGUUGGAGCUUGAAUAAAAAGGAAAGUUGUCUAUCCUCUGACUGGCCACUGUGAGAAACUUGAUUCUAGACUAGAUGUCUAGUAGGAUUGCUGUUAUGCCUAAAAAAAAGCACAUACAUUUGAGCUAUUGGCACCGUUCACAAACUCUUGGUAGAUCACAGUUUGGGGCGUUUCUUAAAUGUAAAUGAAGGCACUUGCCUCAACUUGAGGUAUAUUUAUGGGGAAGUUUGCUCUGCUGGGCUCUCUCUCUUAAGUGGUUGGAAUAAUUAGUUGUACCAACAAGUAAUGAGCUGCUGCUACCCUUGCAUCUCAUUUUAUGGUGGUUUCCCAUUCCGUUUUGCACAAUUCGGAGGUUAAGGGAGUAUCCUGGCAGCCUCAUGGUUCACCUGCCAGCCACAGGCACCUGGAAAUCCCACGAAGACAAGCAGGUUGGCAAAAGAGAGAUGAAAUCUGAAUCAGCCAUGUUAGACGUAAAGCCCUUUCCUCUGCAGCUGGCCCAGAAAUGGAGCAGAUUUGCAGAAUAUUGCUCUGUUGCUUUGCCACUAAUCCACUUGGUAGAAGACUUUUUCAUGUUGACUGUAGAGGAGGAAGACAGGUUCCAUUUCUCCAUAUUCAGCAUAGAAACACAGGCUGCUAAUCCCUUGGUAGGCGAGAGAAAUUGUUUGCAGGCUGGUUAUCUUCCUUUGGCUUAUUCGCAAGGUUUGAUUUUGGCUUAUUCACACGGUUAUGCUCCGGGGAUGCCCUCAGGACCUGGAGUCCUAGAGGAUAAAGCUUUUUACCAAAACACUUGCCCAGGAGAGUGGGAGUCAAUGUGCAAUAUAGGAGCAACAAAGCCAAGGACAAGCACAGAGAAUUACCGUAUUUUUUGCUCUAUAAGACUUACUUUUUCCCUCCUAAAAAGUAAGGGGAAAUGUAUGUGUGUCUUAUGGAGCGAAUGCAGGCUGCGCAGCUAUCCCAGAAGCCAGAACAGCAAGAGCGAUCGCUGCUUUCGCUGUGCAGCAAUCCCUCUUGUUGUUCUGGCUUCUGAGAUUCAGAAUAUUUUUUUUCUUGUUUUCCUCCUCCAAAAACUAGGUGCGUCUUAUGGUCUGGUGCGUCUUAUAGAGCGAAAAAUACGGUACUUUAGUACCCAGAUAUUAUCGGAAGGAGGGCCCAAGGCAUUAUGGAGAACAGCAACAUCUGACCAAAGAUAGACAUAAUAUUUUACAAGGACAGGGAGAAACAUCAAGGACAGAAUAAAUUGCCACACACAAGAACAACAAAGAGAGAGUUUGAAUACUUCACCUUUAGGACUAUAAAUCAUUUAAGGUGUUAAUGCGAAUGGAAGUCGUUAAAAUUGCAGCUGCGGUAUAAGGGUUUGUGAUUCUGACUGGAAGUGUAAUGGAAAUUUAUAAGAUUUUGGAACGCAGAAAUAGAGUAAAUCGCCAAACCAUCAAUUCUCCCACCUAAAUUGUACAAUUUGGCUUUUGAGUGAUUGACAUUAUUAAUGGUAGUAUAAUUUGGCAUUAUUGUAAUGAGGCUUUUAUUGCACUAUUGCAAUUGAAAACAAAUAAAAAAUAUUUUUUUAAAAAACAGAAAACAAAACCUGAUCUGGAAACAAUCUAAUAUUUCACCAAGGAGUGAAAGAGUUAUGUUGUUUCUAGCAACCGGAAAGUUCAAGAGGGAGGCUUUAUUUUUUAAAAUUGGUUUUUUAUUAAAGAAGUUCAUAGAGUUCUUUCUACAGAUCAUUCAUGUUCGAUGUGAGUCACCAGUGUUACAGGCAGUAUAAAGUUGGGGGAGAAGAGAGGUGGAGAAGUAAACUUUCAUUCUUCUACAUAGUGUAUGUGCAAGGUUUUGUGUCAGUGUCACAUGGGUAGGUUCUAUUCAUUUGUUGGUUUUUGUUGAAGAGGGAGGCGUUAUACCAGGGGUCAGGAACCUAAGGCCCAUGGGCCAGAAGCGGUCCGUGGAGGUCGUUUGACUGGCCCACGAGCCGCCCCUGAACCGAGUUUCCCGCUCGUGCACAGUGCGAAACCGGCGUAGCGCAGCAUGGGGAUUUGCUUCUGCAGUGCCGAAAAUCGCAUCUGUGCAUGCACAGACACUGAAAAUCACGCCUGCGCAAACACAGACGCCGAAAAACAUGCAUGCGCAGUCCGGCCCACAGUGGGAUCUCCACGGGGCUGAUCCGGCCCAGGCAAGAUAAACCCUGCUUUAUACAGUCAUACCUUGGAAGUCGAACGGAAUCCGUUCCGGAAGUCGGUUUGACUUCCAAAACGUUCAGAAAGCAAAGUGCAGCUUCUGAUUGGCUGCAGGAAGCUCCUGCAGCCAAUCAGAAGCCGCGGAAGCUGCGUUGGGUGUUUGGCUUCCAAGAGAAGGUUCGCAAACCGGAGCACUCAUUUCUGGGUUUGCGGCUUUUGGGAGCCAAAAUGUACGAGUUCCAAGACAUUUGGGAUCCAAGGUACGACUGUAUAUUCUUACCGCCUAAGUCACAACUCCUGGCAGUGAAGGCAUACUAGGGAUUGCUUACUCACAAGCAGGCAUCUUACGCAUUGACCCACAUGACCCAUCAAGUGGAUCCUCGGCACGCAAGACGUAUUUUUGACGUUUGAUGUCUGGGUUGUCCUCUGAGGACUCCGCAUCUGAUCCCAGGUCAAGGCUACAUAUGGCAUCCAGUAUGAAUUCAAGUACAGUGGUACCUUGGUUCUCAAAUGCCUUGGUACUCAAACAACCUGGAACCCAAACACUGCAAACCGGUUUGCAAACUUUUUUCAGAAGCUGAACAUGCUCCGUUUUGAGUGUCAUACUGAGGUCUGUCUGUUUUUGUUAUUUAUUUUGUGUUUUUGUUUUUGCGGCUCUUUUCGUUUUGUUUUUGUGAAUGUGUGGAACCCAGUUCAGCUACUGAUGGAUGGAUUGUGUGACUGCAGUACAUUGUUUAUUGCUUUCAUUUUAUGGAUCCAUGGUCUCAUUCACGUUAAAUUCAUGCUUUAGGGGUUGUUUUUAAAAGACUGGAACGGAUUAAUCCGUUUUGCAUUACUUUCUAUGGGAAAGUGCACCUUGGUUUUGGAACGCUUUGCUUUUGGAACAGACUUCCGCAAGGGAUUAAGUUUGAGAACCAAGGUACCACUGUACCAUAUAAGUGAGCACAGUUUAUACCAAGCACCCUGUUCUGGGCUGCUACGCAUUUUACAGAAAAAACUAGUCCCUGUAUUUAUGCCAUAGAUUUUCUGCAAUUUGUUUUGAGUUUUUUUUGAAGGAUCUGAACAAUCUUGUACGUGGGAGUCGUGUUCGCUCGAGGCCUCUUGAGUAAAUUUAUUUUCAGACAAAAUGUUCUUUAAAUUUUACAGAAAAGACACGAUCAUUUCGUAGUGGAGGUAUAGGAAUCCCAUCUUUUCCUGUGCCAUAUGAGGCAGUUCUUAAUUCCAAGCAGAUUAUUAUUUUAUAUUGUAUAUAAAAAAUUUAAAUACUGAACGUAUAAAAAGCCAUUUCAAAAUAAAAUAAAAGGCCAACUAGCACAGAGGGGGAAACAGUGUACAUGAAAAUGGGGAGCUUGUGUCUCUUAACACAGCAUUGAUUUCGGAGUCAGUAAAAGCAAAUUACAACUAGCCGUUCUUAAAAAGCAGAUGGAAGGGAUUAUUAUGAUUAUUAUUUGCAUGGGCCACCCUGUGUGUUUUUGCAGCAGAAAAAUAAAACAGAUUUUCCUAUAGACAAGCUGAUGUUUACCCACAGAGUCUGUUCUAAAAUGAAGCAAAGAAACAGGACACUGUUAAUUAAGCUAUAAAUAUCUAGACUGCUUGGGGAGGACUCAAGCUACAAAGCAGUGAUUGGGAAAGUAGGUGAGCAUCUUUGGGAAUAUGAAAAAUCAAAGAGGAGGAGACUUCUGCAUCUUCAGGGCUUGAGCUGGCAAUGGGAUUGGCCCUGAUACCUCGGGAGUUGUUGUUGUUUAGUCGUUUAGUCGUGUCCGACUCUUCAUGACCCCAUGGACCAGAGCACGCCAGGCACUCCUGUCUUCCACUGCCUUCCGCAGUUUGGUCAAACUCAUGCUGGUAGCUUCAAGAACACUGUCCAACCAUCUCGCCCUCUGUCGUCCCCUUCUCCUUGUGCCCUCCAUCUUUCCCAACACCAGGGUCUUUUCCAGGGAGUCUUCUCUUCUCAUGAGGUGGCCAAAGUAUUGGAGUCUCAGCUUCAGGAUCUGUCCUUCCAGCGAGCACUCAGGGCUGAUUUCCUUCAGAUUGGAUAGGUUUGAUCUUCUUGCAGUCCAUGGGACUCUCAAGAGUCUCCUCCAGCACCAUAAUUCAAAAGCAUCAAUUCUUCGGCGAUCAGCCUUCUUUAUGGUCCAGCUCUCACUUCCAUACAUCACUACUGGGAAAACCAUGGCUUUAACGAUACCUUGGAGAACUGCCACUAACUAAGAGUAGGCAAUAUUGUGUUGGGUGCUGGAGCAGUAGUUUAAUCUAAGUUUCUUUUUUGCGUUCAUUCUUGAAGAUGGAACUAAGUAGGGGUCAAGUUACCUGUUACAUUAUCUGCAUGGUUAGUAGCCACAUCAGGAGGUUUGAAUUUUUUAAAACCUAGUUGUGUCUAUUUCCCAAUUUUCAUUGGCCCUGCAGCACACCAGGCCACUUCCCAGCCACGAUCCCAACUAAAAUCACCUCCUCCUUUCCCACUGCAGGUAAUCUUUUAAAAAAAUCUCUUAACUGUAUAGCCAGUUGAAGACUUAUUCUGUGGCACUGCAUAUCAGACGACGGGUUCUGUGAUUUUCCUAUACCUGGCUUUCUGGGAAAAGGAAGUGACUACAAUAGAAAGGAAGGCAGCACCCAAAAUAGCAAAAACCCUAAAUAAAUAAAACAAAAGAGAGAGAGAUAUUACCCUCUGUUGGAUAUUAAAGGAGAGUUUAUUGAUAUAUUUGCUAUUUUAACUAAUACCCUUGGCAAGCACCUGUUGCUAUUUGUGAACUUGUUACUCUUGGCUGAAUCACCAAAUUCGGCGAUGCAGAGAUUCUGGAUUCUUGAAUGCAAGCAGUUGGUCUCAGAAAAGUUUAAGCAUGCAUGCUAGUGGCAAAACUGACUUAUUUAAAAGCAAAUUGGCUUUAGUUCCAAGCCGGCCGACUAUUUGGGCAUCCGUGUGCGCGCACCUAUGUUAUGUCAACAAAGGCGCUGUUGAAGGCUAACAGUUGCGGGAAAGGAAAUACCUUGGAGAACAUUUAGAUCAUUUUUAUAUCUUCUCAGGAACGGCCAGCUUCUCCCCAGCCAAGAUGCGGAGGAUCAAAGGCUCCGUGGUGAUAUUAUCCUUAUCAGGCCUAGAAGUUUGAUGCCCCCUCCUCCCCAUCCCACAGCCAAAGGCCCUAAGUUGGCCCUGUAUCCUGGUUGCUAGGUAACCCUUUACAUUCGGUUUUGUACUAUAUUUUGGAGGCUGGAUGUUUGUGGUUAAUUGGAAGUGGCUUUUAGCGAUAUUAAAAUAUAUAUAUAUUUUAAAAAAGACAUGGGAGUAGGUUCCAGACAUGCAGCCAUUACCUACUGAGCCUUGAAUUAACUCGCUUUUACUCAGUCUAAUUGAAAAAGCAAGGUUUAUACAGUGACCAGGAAUGUUUGUCUUUCUUCUGGCAUUCCACACAGGUGGUUGUUUUUUUAAGCUGGUGGUUGUAUUUGAAUUCCUAACCCCUAACCUUCAUGUCUGUGAGGAGAUAUUGUGAAAAAUAUACAGGAAUCCCAGUAUUCCACAAGCAGGACAUAAGUGCUACAAAUGUUUGAUGUAUUACGGUAUUUUAAUAUUUUGUUGGAAGCCGCCCAGAGUGGCUGGGCAAGCCCAGCCAGAUGGGCGGGGUAUAAAUAUAUAUUUUUUAAAUUUAUUUAUUUAUACCCCACCCAUCUGGCUGAGUUUCUCCAGCCACUCUGGGCAGCUCCCAAUCAAGUGUUAAAAACAAUACAGCGUUACAUCUUAAAAACUUCCCUGAACAGGGCUGCCUUCAGAUAUCUUUUAAAAAGAAGAUAGCUGCUUAUUUCCUUCACAUCUGAAGGGAGGGUGUUCCACAGGGCAGGCGCCACUACCGAGAAGGCCCUCUGUCUGGUUCCCUGUAGCCUCACUUCUCACAAUGAGGGAGCCGCCAGAAGGCCCUCGGCGCUGGUUCUCGGGUUACAUACGCUUCAGGUUACAGACUCUGCUGCCCCAGAAAUAUUGCUUCAGGUUAAGAACUUUGCUUCAGGAUGAGAACAGAAAUUGUGCUCUGGCGGCACGGCAGCAGCGGGAGGCCCAUUAGCUAAAGUGGUGCUUCAGGUUAAGAACAGUUUCAGGUUAAGUAUAGACCUCCGGAAUGAAUUAAGUACUUAACCUGAGGUACCACUGUACCUCAGCACCCUCUCUACAGGCGAUUGUGCAAAAAUACACCUUUGUUGUAUUCUGACUUUUCCAGCUUCUUUAGAUGAUUCCAAGUUCUACUGUUACAUGAGAGGAAGAAAAACUCCCUUCUCCCUACUUUCCCCACACCAUGGAAAAUUUUGUAUACUUCUCUCAUAGCCCGCACUUAAGUCCAAAUGUCGUAACCUUUCCUCGUAGGGGAGUUGCUCCAGCCCCCCGUUUGGGCUACCCUUUUCUGAAACUUUCCAGCUUUUACAACAGCCAUUUUGAGAUGCGGCAACUGGAGCUGAACACAAUAUUCACAGUGCAGUCACACCGUGAAUAUUGGCAGUUUUACUUUCAAUCUAAUGAUCCCUAACUUGGAAUCUUUUCACGGCUGCCAUUCACUUGGUUGACAUCUUCAUCAAGCGAUCUGCCACGACUCCAAGAUACUUUCCCUCGCUACUUCAUAUGCCAGAAGUGUCUAGGUAAAGUCGUGUGUUAUUUGCCCUAGUGAAUAUCAGUUUGCACUCUCUUACAUUGAACUGCAUUUCUGAUUUUAACACCCAUUCAUCCAGUUUGGAGAGAUCCUUUUUGGAUUAAACCACCCAGAACAGUCAGGAAACCAAGCCCUCCCAUUCCUAACCCCCAGAUGCCAAUCAUUUAAAAACAAGUUUAAAAAGCACCAGCCCCAAUACAGAUCCUUGGGAACCCCAAUUCUUACACCCCUCCUUUGAGAGAACUGCCAUUUCCUCCCCUACUCUUGAGACUUCCAAUUCUUUAACCAGUUACUGCAUCACCCCAUUGAUGUGCUUAUUGAUACUCUCAAAGUAAAGUAGAACCUCGGGUUACGUUACCCCCAGGUAACGUAAACUUCGGGUUGCAAAAGCAGCAAACCCAGAAGUGUUUUGCCGUUGGUGCAUGCGCAGAAGCGGUCCUCUGGUUGCGAAAACUUCGGGAUACGGCCGGACCUCCGGAACGGAUCCCGUUUGCAACUGGAGGUACCACUGUACUCUGAAAGGAGAAGACCUUACUCUGUGUAAGUCAUGAUGUUUCUUCUCCUGCAAGACAUUUUCUGUGUGCUUGCUGAUUAUAUCUUUAAUAAUGCUUUCCACCAGUUUUCCUGGAACGAACAUCAAGCUAAUGCCUUUAAUUUCCUGGGAUCCACUUCUAAAACUUGGUGUUCCACCACUCGUUUUUGGUCCUUGCCAGUCUUAGGGGCGAAUGACAUAUUUUUGUUAGAAAAUGAGAAUUUCACAUUUGAGUUCUUUCAAGAACUCUUGCGAGAAUAUCAUCUGGAACUGUUGAUUUGUUGGUUUGUAAUUUGUCAGCAAGGCCUGGAAUUCUGUCUCGAUCGUCACUGUUUCCUCGUGAGAAAAUUAGGCAUGGAGAUUUCACUGUCAACUUUUUCAGUCGGGGAUGUUGUAGGUGCGGCAUAAUGAUUUGUCGGAUCGAAAGGGACGGUUAUUAUCCCAAAAAUUUCAGUCACUUUUAAGGCACUUUCAGCUACGGUCAAUAAGUACCCUGACUUUUGUGUCCAUUUAGCUUUUGAAAAGUCAUUAAAAUGUUUGCUGCCUAGAGACAGGCACUGCUUUCAAUGGAGACUGUUCGUUCUUCUGCCAAGACCUUCUGAUUUUCUUUUCUCUUCCGCUUAAAGAAGUCUUUGCUCUUCAUGACUGUAUUAUUUGAUUAUAGGCAGCUCUGCCCUUCAAACUGCAUUAUCUUGAUGUUACUCAUUCUUACAACAGCUCUGUGUAAGGUGUUACAUAACUAAUACUGCAGUAUUAAUAUAGGUGGAGGAACAGGAAUGAGUUCCAGUGAUUUGCUCAAACCACAAAGUGCUUCUUGCUUCUCGCUUUAAGAAUUGGUGCUCCCAGAAGGUCACCCUUGUAUUUUGACACCAUAAUGUGAGAUGGUUGAUAAUCCAUAACUGGAUAGGAGAAUGACUACGGCGCUGUAAGGCUAAAAGCAGGCAAGAGUUUGAAACAGUGGUUUGAAGGCACUUUGCUUAAACACACCUACGGCAUUUUCCCCCAGUGUUGAAUCUGGUCAAACAGGUUGGGGAGGUUUUGGGGAAAGAACCCCAGCUCCCUUCAUUGGCUUUGCAGAUGAUUUCCUGAUUGUUAGGUUUAUAGCUUUGGAGUCUCCAAAUAAGAGACUGGAGACACCUUUUCCCAACCUUGGCUUUUCCAGAUGUUCUUGAAAGUGCAGCUCACAGCCAACAUGGUCAGUGGUAGGGAGUUAUGGGUGUUUUGGUCAAGCAAGACCCAGAGGAGCCAAGGUUGGGGAAGGCUGAUUUAGAGGAGGAGGAGGAGGAGGAGGAGGAGGAGGAGGAGGAGGAGGAGGAGGAGGAAGAAGAAGAAGAAGAAGAAGAAGAAGAAGAAGAAGAAGAAGAAGAAGAAAUAGAAAUUAAGAAGAAGAAGAAGAAGAAAUAGAAAUUAAGAAGAAGAAGAAGAAGAAGAAGAAGAAGAAGAAGAAGAAGAAGAAGAAGAAGAAAUAGAAAUUAAGAAGAAGAAGAAGAAGAAAUAGAAAUUAAGAAGAAGAAGAAGAAGAAGAAAUUAUUUAUACCCCACCCUUCUGGCUGGGUUUCCCCAGCCUCACUGGGCGGUUUCCAACCAAAUAUUAAAAACAAUACAGCGUCAGACAUUAAAACCUUCCCUAAACCACCUACAGUUGUCUUUUAAAAGUAAAAUAGUUGUUUAUUGCCUUGACAUCUGCUGGGAGGGCGUUCCACAGGGCAGGUGCCACUACCAAGAAGGCCCUCUGCCUGGUUCCCUGUAACCUCACUUCUUGCAGGGAAGGAACCACCAGAAGGCCCUAAGUGCUGGUCCUCAGUCUCUGGGCUGAAUGAUGGGGGUGGAGGUGCUCCUUCAGGUAUACUGGACAAAGGCUGUUUAGGGUUUUAAAGGUCAGCAUCAACACUGUGAAUUGUGCUCGUAAACGUACUGGGAGCCAUUGAAGAUCUUUCUGACUGGUGUUAUAUGGCCUCAGCGGCCACUCCCAGUCACCAGUCUAGCUGCCAAAUUCUGAAUUAAUUGCAUUUUCUGAGUCACCUUCAAAGGUAGCCCCACGUAGAGUGCAUUGCUGUAGUCCAAGCGAGAGAUAACCAGAGCAUGCACCACUCUGGCGAGACAGUCUGUGGGCAGAUAGGGUCUCAGCCUGCGUACCAGAUGGAGCUGGUAGACAGCUGCCCUGGACACAGAAUUGAUCUGCGCCUCCAUGGACAGCUGUGAGUCCAAAAUGACUCCCAGGCUGCGCACCUGGUCCUUCAGGGGCACAUUGACCCCAUUCAGGAUCAGGGAGUGCUCCUGGAUUCCUGGAGGCUUGGUGGCUAUUGCUGAGAGGAUGCAGCAGGAUGGAUUUGAUUUAAAUCAAAUUGAUUUAAAUCACUAGUCAGUAAGACUUGAUUCAAACCAUUUUUUUACAGAAAGGCUCAGUCUUGCUUGUAUAAUCUUAAUAUUUACAGCCAGAUGAAGGUUUCAUUUUUUGGAGUAAUAAAUUUUCAGAGUAGUUUUUACAGUUAUAUAAAAAAAUACUGAUUUGGUUGUACUAUUAGAAAUACAUAGACCGAUAAAUAUGAAAUUAUUGUGAGGUUUAUUAAGUUAACUGUUUAUAUUUGGGCAACUUUUAUGCUGUACUUUAUUGGAAGGAGAAAAAGAAUCAUUUCCUUAAUAACAAUUUAAACAAUUUAUUUAACUAAAAUAGAUUCUGUGUAUAUAAACUUGCAAAGGAACAAUGGGAUUAAGGUUUUUCCUCCACUCUGUAUGUUUAUUUUAUAACAUUUUUCCUGUGAAGAAAAGGCAUGUUAUCUCUGCAGACACAAAUUCACACUUUUGAGAACUGUAAAAACAAGCAUCUGUGAUAAUAUCUUCUUGUUAGAAAAACUGCCCCAAAUAAUCUUCGAGAAUAAUGUAAUUUAAAUAAAAUCUUUAGAAAGAUCUUUCCUCCAAAAGCAUUUUAUUUUUAAAAACCCGAUUUGAAUAAAAAUAAUAAUCCGAUUUUUAAUUUUAAUUUUUUAAAAAUAAAAAGUCAUUCAUUUUUAUCCACCCUGGGAUGGAGGCAAAUGUAGUUCUGGUUGGCUUCAAGAAUAGGAAGCUGCCAUCAUUGUGAUUAUCACUGCAGACGAAGCGUUACCAUCUAUGGGGGGUUGCAAAGCUGCAAAGGUGGAGUGUUUUGAUCUUUAAUUUUCAGCAUUCGGACAUUUGCUGAGUAUGGGGAGGCAAUGCAAGUCUGUAAAGCCCUUAGCAACAUUACCAUCCGUAUCCCAGAUUCCGAACGGAAGUCAGUGAUUUGUUUUUGUUUAGUCGUUUAGUCGUGUCCGACUUUUCGUGACCCCAUGGACCAGAGCACGCCAGGCACUCCUGUCUUCCACUGCCUCCCGCAGUUUGGCCAAACUCAUGCUGGUAGCUUUGAGAACACUGUCCAACCAUCUUGUCCUCUGUCGUCCCCUUCUCCUUGUGCCCUCCAUCUUUCCCAGCAUCAGGGUCUUUUCCAGGGAGUCUUCACUUCUCAUGAGGUGGCCAAAGUAUUGGAGUCUCAGCUUCAGGAUCUGUCCUUCUAGUGAGCACUCAGGGCUAAUUUCCUUCAGAAUGGAUAGGUUUGAUCUUCUUGCAGUCCAUGGGACUCUCAAGAGUCUCCUCCAGCACCAUAAUUCAAAAGCAUCAAUUCUUCAGCGAUCAGCCUUCUUUAUGGUCCAGCUCUCACUUCCAUACAUAAGUCAGUGAUAAACUUGUUUAAUUGCUGAGUCUCACUCGCUGGAUCAUCACCUUGUCGUGGUGAGGUGAGUGGGCUUGCACGUUCCUAUGACCCAUGUGAGCGAAGCCGUCGGGAAUCUAGUAAAGAAGCAAAGAUCACCAGUGUCGAAGCAAUGAUUCUUCAACAUCAGCUCCAUUGGACUGGUCAUGUUGUGUGCGGAUGCCUGAUGAUCGCCUUCCAAAGCAACUACUCUAUUCUGAAUUUAAAAAUGGAAAGCGUAAUGCUGGUGGUCAACAAAGGAGGUUUAAAGACUAUCUCAAGGCAAAUGUAGUAUAAACGCCAACAAUUGGGAAACACUUGCCUGCGAGCGCUCCAAUUGGAGAACAGCUUUUACCAAAGGUGUUGUGGGCUUUGAAGACACUCAAACUCAGGGUGCAAGGGAGAAACGCGCUAAGAGGAAGGCACGCUUGGCAAACCCUCACCGUGAUCAACUCCCACCCGGAAACCCAUGUCCCCACUGUGGAAGGACAUGUGGAUCCAGAAUUGGCCUCCAUAGUCAUUUACAGACUCAUUGUUAAAACCAUUUUUAUGGAAGACAAUCUUCCUCAGCUACGAGUGAUUGCCAGAGAAGAAAGAAUUGCUGUGUUUAAUGUUUUCCCCAUUGGCAAUUGGAAAUUACAGGUUUUUUAAAAAUCCAUUGAAUAUUUAAAGUGGUGGGUAGAAGGGAGGUUACUGGAUUUCUAGGGCUUUUCGCAAUUUAAGUCUUGAAUACGAUUAACGCAUUGAAAACUAGCGUGAAGCUGUAGCACAGAAGAGUCUCUUCACAGAAUGUAAUUUCUUUUGUCUUGGUUAGAUGCCAAAAUAAUGCAGAAAUAGGUAUUUCAGUAAUCCAGCAACUUUCUUCCUCAUACAGUAGAUUUGUUUUCAGGAGUGUCCUAGUCAUAUUUUGUUGGAAAUUGAUUAAAAACAAAACACAAAAACCCAACCUAUUCCAGCUAAAAAUAAAUAUCCUCUUGGUAACCAUCCCCUCCCGAUCUUCUUUAAAUGGUAGUAAAUGCAGAAUACUUACUUGUGCGUAAUGUAGCCCAUGCUCUGUUCAACUAGUUUUUAAUUUGUGGACCUUGAACAAUUUCCAUUUAUGUGUUUGCUCAAUCUGAACAUUGAUAAUUAGAAUAAUCAACUCACGGUUGUCAUUAAUUACAUAUAAUCCAUAUUAAGGAAUAGAAUUCCUCAUUUGAAUUUUUAGAACAUUCUCAGGAACUGAUUGUGUAUGUGGAUAUAGUUUUGUGUCUCUCUCUGUGUGUAAUACAACAUGGAACAUUUCUUUAUGGAUUCUACUUGCGUAUCCAAACAGCCUAAGAACUCAUCUCAAUUGUACCUAUACUGUAAAAUAAAACUUGUCGCCAUCAGCCUCUACGAUGAAAACGAGCCAUUUGUGGUUUGGAAAUUACAAGUCCUUCUAGCAUGUGUGGUAGAAUAGUAGGUGCUUGUAGCAUUCCUAGACUAACUCAAGUUUAAUUAACAAUUUUCCUUUAUAUCCCUGUUCAAUAUUGAUCUUUUAAACUUAAAAAAGAAUCAGUCCAUAAUGGGAUAUAUAUAAAAACCCAAAUUUAUUCAUAUUAAUUUUAAUGUUAAUGCAUCAUGCCAAAAUGUGUUUGGUUGUGAAGUGUUGCGUACAUAACAUUGGGUUGUUGUUUUUAUUUUGAUUAGGUAUUUUUUGGUUUUAUAUCUUGAUUGUAUUCUGUGAACCACCCUAAGACCCCCAGGUAUAGGGUAGUGUAUGAAAUAAAUUCAAUAAAUAACCACCACUACCUUUUUGUAUUUUUUUAAACAAACCCCCCCCCCCAAUGAAUCGCCCUUUAACAGAGUUCCCUCACGAGAAUUGCAUGACUUAGAGGCGAUCCCCUUUGACGAAGUUCAUGAGACGAAGGACGGUUUUUUAUUUUUAAUCUUUUUUCCAGAUCCAAGAAUGGACAUUAUAGCCUAUGAUGAUUACUCCAAUCCACCGAUGCAGAGAUAUUGAGAGGAAACCGGAAUACCUUCAACCGGACCAGUGCGUUCCACCUCCCAGCCGCGGUUCCUCGGGAACAAUGUGGUUUAUCCGUGAUGGCUGUGGUAUUGCCUGUGCGGUCGUCACUUGGUUCCUGGUCUUCUAUGCCGACUUUGUGGUCAUCCUCGUUAUGCUGCUUCCCUCCAGAGACUAUAUUUACAGUGUGAUCAACGCCAUCGUUUUCAACACAUUGGCGUUCCUGGCUCUGGCAUCGCACAUGAGAGCUAUGGUAACAGAUCCAGUAAGUUUCCUCUCGGAAUAUAUUAACCAGCUGCUGGCUAGUUCUCUUGUUCUUUUGAGGGUGAUUUAGGGACUAAAUAUUCUAGAACCUAUUGAACACACGCAAACACGAUACGGUGGAACAUUGGUUCUCAAACGGCUUAGUUGACGAACAAAUCAACACCGCAAACCCGGAAGUAAGUGUUCUGGUUUUUGAACGUUUCUCGGAAGCUGAACAUCCGACGCGGCUUCCGCUUGAGUGUAGGAAGCUCCUGCAGCCAAUCAGAAGCCGUGCCUUGGUUUCUGAACGGUUUCGGGAGUCGAACAGAUUAAGUUUGAGAACCAAGGUUCCACUGUAUUGAUAAAGCGUCUGGGUUUCUACCAACCUGUCCCCAUGAGUGGGAAGAACUUGAUUUAUCUGAAGCAUUGUCCCUUUAUAUGCAUUUUUGUGGGGGUGGGGCAGAUCAUAAUACUGGAGUCAUGAUUAAGAGAAGCUAUGGAGGGGCAAUAAGGCAUUAUUUGAAUAAGAUAUGAAGGAGGAUGGAGAAGAAAUCUGUCCUUUUCUCUCUCAGUAGUGUGUGCAAUGUUGCUGACAUGUCGUGGCAUGAAAAGCUGGGGAAAGCCUGUCUUGCAUUCUUGUUUCUUUGGGAAAGUUCCACCACGACUAAAAUCUAUUCUGAAUAAAAGCGUUUCGUGUUAGCACUGGCUAGUGGCUAUUGAAGGACACCCAAGUUUUAUCCAAGUGUGUUUUAUCUGUGGUCCUGUCUAAAGUACUUUUUCAAGCUUUCAGCUCUUUAGAGGGCUGCGAGAUUGAAAUUUUCAGGAAACAGCAGCUUUCCCCUUUGCGUGUAAGUCUUGACUUAUGUUCUUAUCUGGAUUAUUGCCCAAAUGUUAUCUAUUCAGCUUGCAAAUUUGUAACAGAUGACAUAGAUGGGAAUCUCCCAGUCUAGCAAAAUGGGUGGGUCUGUUUUCAUUUUCCUAAACUUUUAUUUGGAGUUCUAGCCGACCUCGAAAGAGGCAUACAGAUCCAUGGUCUUCCCUCUAACCCUGUAUUGUUUCACAUUUCAAAUGAACAGGACUUCCAUUAACUAUAGCUUCCCAUUACACUUGAACAGGGAAACUGUGGCUGAUGGCUUCAGAAUAAGUCAGAACAUGAAACCAUGGUUUGAAGUUGUCUUAGUUUCCUGCCUUGCUCUGAAGUUGCUAACCAGAGUUACCCAGUUUAGACAUACAGUGGUACAGUGGUACCUCAGGUUAAGUACUUAAUUCGUUCCGGAGGUCCGUACUUAACCUGAAACUGUUCUUAACCUGAAGCACCACUUUAGCUAAUGGGGCCUCCUACUGCCACUGCGCCGCCAGAGCCCGAUUUCUGUUCUUAUCCUGAAGCAAAGUUCAUAACCUGAAGCACUAUUUCUAGGUUAGCGGAGUGUGUAACCUGAAGCGUAUGUAACCUGAAGCGUAUGUAACCCAAGGUACCACUGUACCUUGGUUCUCAAACUUAAUCCCUUCCGGAGGUCUGUUCCAAAAGCAAAACAUUCCAAAACCAAGGCGCGCUUUCCCAUAGAAAGUAAUGCAAAAUGGAUUAAUCCGUUCCAGAUUUUUAAAAGCAACCCCUAAAACAUGAAUUUAACAUGAAUUUUACUAUCUAACGAGACCAUGGAUCCAUAAAAUAAAAGCAGUAAACAACGUACCACAGUCACACAAUCCAUCAAUCAGUAGCUGAACUGGGUUCCACACAUUCACAGAAAUAAAACAAAACGAAAAAGCUGCAAAAACAAAAACGCAAAAUAAAUAGCAAAAACAGACAGACCUCAGCGUAACACCCAAAAUGGAAGCGUGGCACUCAGAUCCAAAGCGUAACACUCAAAACGGAGCACGUUCAGCUUCCAAAAAAAGUUCGCAAACCGGAACACUUACUUCCGGGUUUGCAGUGUUUGGGUUCCAAGUUGUUUGAGUACCAAGGCGUUUGAGAACCAAGGCCCCACUGUAAUGGGAAACUAUAGUUAAUGGCAGAGUUCGAGGCUGGCUGUGCCAACCCUGGAGGGGAGAGUGAAGGGCCUGUGUUUUUUAACUUCUCAAAACUUUUGCACUGGUGUUGAAUACCAUUUCAACAAAACUCUGUUAAUGUACCUAGGAGAGCAAAGUUUAACUUACCCUGUAUAAUCAGCAGUUCUGUGAUGGGGCCUAUUGAGGUUUUUCCCCCUGAUAGUGACUGAAAGCACUCCGGAACCCUUUUAUUUUCAUUUGCAGGGUGCAGUCCCCAAAGGUAACGCCACAAAAGAGUUCAUAGAAAGUUUGCAGCUGAAGCCGGGGCAAGUAGUUUACAAGUGUCCAAAAUGCUGUAGCAUCAAACCUGACAGAGCGCAUCACUGCAGGUACGGGCACAUUCUUUCGUUUAUGGUUUACUUAUGAUGAUGAGCUGGAUGGCUUGAUGCGUUACAUCUGCAGUAAUCCAAUAUAGGGCGGGUUGUACCGGUCAUUAUUGUGAUGCAAGCACAUUUCCAUGUUUCAUUUGCACCCUGGCUCCAUUUUGGCUCUUGUGACCUCAGGCUUUUGGCCAAGUGGAAAUAGUUCUAUUGCGAUCUGGUGUCUGGAGAAAACAUGGGUCUUUGAAGCGGAUGGAAUUCCACUUUGAUUUAUAUACAGUUGUACCUUGGAAGUCGAACGGAAUCCGUUCUGGAGGUCAGUUUGACUUCCAAAACGUUCGAAAACCAAAGCGCGGCUUCUGAUUGGCUGCAGGAAGCUCCUGCAGCCAAUCAGAAGCUGUGGAAGCCCACUCGGACAUUCGGCUUCUGAAAAUCGUUCACAAACCGGAACAGUGACUUCUGGGUUUGCGACAUUCGGAAGCCAAAAUAUUUGAGAACUAAGCUGUUCGAAAACCAAGGUACGAUUGUAUAAUUUUAUUAAGUUUUCUGUUUUACAAUUUAAAGCAUUCAUUUUUACAUCCUUAAGAUAUCAAUGACUUCCUUUCUUCUCUUUCCAUGGUUCAUUUUACACAUCAUAAAUCCCUGCAUAUUUUACAAAAACUAUACCAUUAUUGCAUGCGUCAAAACUUGUUUGCACCGUUGAAUUUAUCUUAAUGCUGCCAUCGUUUUCAGCAGUACACAAUUAUUUCCCAUAUAUUCAGUAAACGUUUUCCAAUCUUCUUUAAACGUAUGUUCUCUUUGUUCUCUUAUUCUAUAUGUUAAGUCCGCGAGUUGUGCAUAUUCUGUCAGCUUAAGUUGCCAUUCUUUAGUUAGGACCUCGCUCGUUUUCUAUUUUUGGGCUAACAAAACACGGGCCGCAGUAGUAGCAUACAUAAUAACCAUUUUUGACACCUGGGAAUUUCAGUCUGAAUUAUCCCCGACAGAAAGGACUGGGGUUUUUUGGGAAAGUACUUGUAAACACUUUUUUCUUCCUUCAUUAUGGAUCAUUUCCCAAUACUCAUUUACCCUUUUACAAGUCCACAAGGAUUUUCCGUGUCCAUUCGAUUUACAGUGUGCAUUUUUCUUUUAGUGUUUGCAAGAGGUGUAUACGGAAAAUGGAUCACCACUGCCCAUGGGUUAACAACUGCGUGGGAGAGAACAACCAGAAGUACUUUGUACUGUUUACAGUAAGUAUUUCAUUGUGUUGGAUUUUCCUGGAAUUCAUAAAGGGGCCUUGAAAUGUCAAGUGGGACUUCUGUGGUUAUCAGUAUAAUUACACUGCAAUUCUUAUGGGAAAGUAAUGGAUUGUUAACACUGCAAAAUGUCCGGGGCAAAGUAGUUUAAAAGGAUGAAAGCAAGCUGGCAAAGGUAUCCAUUAUUACCUAUUUAAAGCAUCCCAUCUUGGAUUGGAUCAGAUUUCACAGUGGUGGGCAACAUACGUACAUAUAUGUAUAUUUAUGUACAUAUAUAUGCGCGCGCACACACACACACUUAUGUGAAAAAGAAGGCAUACCCUCUUUGAAUUCUGUGAUUUUACAUAUCAGGACAUAAUAACAAUUAUCCAUUCCUUAGCAGGAAUGUUUGUUCUGUAUCUGCAGAAGUGUGCAUGUUUGUUUGUGUAUCUGAAGAAGUGUGCAUGCACACGAAAGCUUAUAACCAGAACAAAUUUAGCUGGUCUCUAAGGUGCUACUGGACAAUUAUUUAAUUUUAUUAAGUUUUUAUUUAUUUAUUUUGACUGUCUCAGACCAACACGGCUACCUACCUGAAUUAAAAAACUUAAGUUCACCUUAUGAUUAAAUAGCUUGUAGAACCACCUUUAGCAGCAAUAAUUUGAAGUAAUGGUUUUCUGUAUGUCUUUAUCAGUCUCUCACAUCGUUGUGGAGGAAUUUUGGCCGAUGUUAGAACCCAGGAUGGAAAAGCUAGGAGCAAAAUGGCUUUUAGGACCUGGGUUGGGGGCACCAAAAAAUGUCUAGUCACCACUGGGGUGUGUGUGGGCAACACUUUUUAUUUAUUAAUUUGAUGAGCAUGAACUAAUAUGCAUUCAAAUAAGUGACACAUUGUUAAUACCACAUUUUUAGCAGAAAAAUUGACACGUUUAAUUUGGUGUUUACAAUAAAAAUAUCGGUACCGUACUUGAGUUUUCAAAACACUCCGUAACAUAUUAUCUAUUCUUAACAUAUACUUUAAGGAUUCAGAUCACAUACAUUUCAGUAAUCCUUGAGUGUCAGCCAAGUGCAAAAAAUGGCACCCCGACUUUUUGAGGUGCUCGAAAAUGGAGAAUCUUUAGGUGCAAAAUGCACCUAGCACCCUGCUAAUACUGAACCCUGAUUUUGGCCCGCUCUUUACAAUGCACUCUACGUGGGGCGACCUUUGAAGGUGACCCAGAAACUACAACUAAUCCAGAAUGUGGCAGCUAGACUGGUGGCUGGGAGUGGCCACCGAGAACAUAUAACACUGGUCCUGAAAGACCUACAUUGGCUCCCAGUGCGUUUCCAAGCACAAUAAGUGUUGGUGUUGACCUUUAAAGCCCUAAAUGGCCUCAGCCCGGUAUACCUGAAGGAGCGUCUCCAUCCCCAUUGUUCAGCCAGGACACUGAGGUCCAGCUCCAAGGGCCUUCUGACGGUUCCUUCCCUGCGAGAAGUGAGGUUACAGGGAACCAGGCAGAGGGCCUUCUCAGUGGUGGCGCCCACCCUGUGGAAUGCCCUUCCAUGAGAUGUCAAGGAAGUAAACUGUAAAAACUACUCCGAAAAAAAUAUUAUUCCAAAAAUGAAACCUUCAUCUGGUUGUAAAUAUUAAGAUUAUACCAGCAAGAAUGACUCUUUCUGUAAAAAAAUAUAAUGAUUAAAAUCAAGUCUAUCGAUUAUUUUGCUUGAUAAACCAUCAUAUUUCAAAAGGGUUUGGGGGAAAACACCCUGCUAUUAUCGCAUGGAAGAAUAGAUCCCUUCUUACCGUUGCCGUUAUCUCAUAAUUCAGUAUUGUUAGAGAAGAAUAGACCUCUUGUUCAGUCAGUUUACUCCAGGUAUUUUUCCACUGGAUAUAGCUAGGCCUAUUAAUUCUUUGGCUGAAGUAAUUUAGGAGAUGAGGUUGAGGAUAAGGCGAUCUCUAUAAGCAUGUGAGCUUGAAUAUAUUUCUCUGUCCUGAAUGCCAUGUCUUUGAUUUCGGCUUCAGCUUGAAACCGGCAAACAAAUUGGGGGCAUUCAGAAAUGCGCCUUGAAGUCUGUGUGUCUUCAUAGUUCAAAAUCCUAUUGUGUUUCAGAUGUAUAUAGCACUUAUUUCCCUGCAUGCCCUGAUCAUGGUUGGAUUUCACUUCCUGUAUUGCUUUGAAGAAGACUGGACAAGUGAGUAUAUUGACAAAUGCCAUGCUUUCUCGUGAACUGGAUCCGAUUCUUUUCGAGCUAGCAAAUUGCUUCGUGCCCCCGAUCCACAAAGUUGCUUUGUGCAGGAUUUGCCAAAUCAGGAUGGUAUCCAGACCAUAGCUGUCAACCGUCCCUUAUUUGGCAGGAAACUCCCUUAUCCCAGCGCCGUGUCCCGCUGCUGUCCCUUAUUGUUGAUGUCCCUUAAAUUUCCCGGCUUUCAUGCUCGCCCGGCUCGGGAGGGAAGCAGCGGCUCGGGGUCCUCCGCCACGCGAGAGCGCGCGCGCACGAGCUGCCACGUCUCCGUCUCUCCCUUUUCCCCCUCAGGGGCGCGUCGUGAGGAGACGGGUGGUGGCGGGCAGGCAGGCAGCCUCUCUCUUGUGAGACUUCCACCGCGCUGCCAGGGGAAGCCGGAGGCAGCAGUGGUGGCAGCGGCUGAGGAGGCGGCCUGAGGGAGGAGGAAGAGGAGGGGAUGGGGAGGGACGCAGAAGGGCGGCGCUUCAGCGGCGCCGCAACCGCCUCAUUCCAGGCUCGCGGGCGGCGUGGGCGAGAGUCUCUCUCCCCCCCCCCCGGGCGGGGAAGGGCUGAUGGAACUCCUCGCGCCAGGACGACGGCAGCCCCGAUGUGCUGCUUAGCAUCCCCUCCAACCAGUGCAGCAUCUUAAUGUAGUGAUUUCCCCCUCUGCAUCCCUUUCAUAACUCUAUUUUUAUAAAUCAUUUGUCCAUUCAUAGUUCAAAUCUUUACUACAAGUUUUCUGUCAAUCCUACCAACUUAUGUAACUCUUUACAAUAGCUUUUCAACUAAAUUAUAAACUUUCCCCCUUCUUUAUUAAAGAGGUUCUCUUCCUGGUUUCUAAUUCUGCCUGUAAGCUUUGCCAUCUCGACGUCGUUCAUCAGUUUUGUCUGCCACUCUUCUUUGGUCGGAGUUGUAGACCCUUAGGAUCAUCUAGUCCAACCCCCUGCAAAACACAGUCAGUGGCAGCCAAAGCAGCAUGGAUCCAUCAGUGCCGGAUUUCUGCAUAAGCUAAGCCAAAAUCCCUUAUUUUGGCUGCUGGUCCCUUAUUUUCAAGGCUGCUGGUCCCUUAUUUUCAAAUCUGUAAGUUGACAGCUAUGAUCCAGACAUGCAGAAUGGUCUCUUCCUACUGUGGUUUUGUGCAUAAAUCAGCCCUUUUAGGUCCCGUAUAAGUUCGCUGGACUCUCAGAGGCCAGGGACUGUUAACAGUUCGUGUUCAGGAUCCUUUGUUUUGCUCUUGAGCCAAGGCUCUGAAGUGACACAUUUUUAAAAAGCUGUUUCACAUCCUACUCAGAUUUGGGUAAAACUGUCCCAUUGGAGACCAUCUGCAUGGUGCAGCCCUCACAGACAUGUGUAUAAGAAAUAUAGAGUAUUUCAUGUUUCAGUGAACCCCAAAAAUAAGAAAUAAUCUCUCCUUGUGUGAGGCUAGUUAGGCUGAGUGAGAAGGAGCCUAUUUUCUAAGGCUCUGAAAAAUUUCCCUAAACAGUUUAAUCUAUGUACUGUGACUUACUUGUUUUAUAUUCAUUUCCUCCCUCUCUUCUACAUAAAAAUAAAUUUAAAGCAGAGCAUAGGUUACACUUUGUGUUUUAUUUAUUUUUGAGAUUAAUUUCCUGCCCUUCACCCUAAGGUCGCAGGGUGGGUUACAUAGAUGAUGAUGAAUGUAUUAAAGACAACCAUGUAUAUUAGUCAUCUCCAGCUGUCAGAAUGCACAAGAGCUCAGGGCUAGGUAAACGCUCUGGAGAGAUAGUGAUACCUUGGUUCUCAAACUUAAUCUGUUCAGGAAGUCCGUUCCAAAACCAAGGUGUGCUUUCCCAUAGAAAAUAAUGCAAAACGGAUUAAUCCGUUCAAGAGUUUAAAAAACAACCCCUAAAACAGCAGUUAGUUUAACAUGAAUUUUACUAUCUAAUGAGACUGCUUAUCCAUAAAAUGAAAGCAACAAUCAAUGUACUGUACUAUAAAAUAAACAAGAGAGUAUUGUAAAUGAUAAAAAUGAAAAUUAAUUUCUUUUCUUACCUGAACUGAACUGAUAAUAGUCAUUGUUUGGAUGGGGGACUUCUAUCCAUUUCCACAGUCACACAAUUUAUCAAUCAGUAGCUGAACUGGGUUCCACACAGUCACAAAAACAAAUGAACCGAAAAAUGCAAAAUAAAUAGCAAAAAUAAAACACCAAACUUAAUCCGUCCUGGAAGUCUGUUUUACUUCUGAAAUGUUCGAAAACCAAGGUGCAGCUUCUGAUUGGUGCAGGCACCCUGGAAGCAAUAGCCAACAGCCACAUUGGAUGUUCGGCUUCCGAAAAACAUUUGAAAACCAGAACACUUACUUCCGGGUUUUUGGCGUUUGGGAACCAAGGCGUUUGAGAACCAAGGUACCACUGUACUUGAUUGGAAGAGGAAUCCAGAUGCUAUGAAUUUGGGUAGUCUUUAGGGUGCCACAAUACUUUUUUGUUCAUGUUGCAAGAGACCAACACAGCUACUUCCCUUAAAAAUGUCUUCAGAUCAAUAAAACUAACACUUGCCUAAAUUUCUCACAUCCUUUCCACAAAAGUGUAGUGUGUUCUAACUUUGGCAGUUGAACAGGUACCUAUAUUAUAUAUAUAUAUAUAUAUAUAUAUAUAUAUAUAUAUAUAUAUAUAUAUCAUACCAUGCCUCCAUUUAGUGCACAAUGCUUAAAGCUUAAGUGCAACCCAAAUUCUAUACAAUUUAUACAAGAACCUUCUAGGAAAUGUAUAAAUUGUGCGCUCUAUAUUUGUUUUGCUUAAGCUCCUGCAAAGAGCCACAUGCUGAAACAAUGUCUCUGGCUGCCAGCUUUCUGCUCAUAUCCCCCCUACCCCCCAAAAAACAGAAACAAACUUUUGCUACUGAGAUUUCACCAUGCUUUGUGCAUUCAGACAAUCGGAACAAAAGAGCUAGAAGCAUUUAUUUUUUAAAAACUGAAAGCUGAGGUUUUGACAAAGCUGAAUUUCCAAUUCUACACUUGACUAAAAUGCAAAUGACUUUAUUCCUAAAACUAUUAUUUACACAGGCUUUUAAGACUCAGUUCUGUUCUUAACUGUUUUUAUUGCAUGCUUUUAUGAUGGGUUGAAAAUAUAUAUUUCCCUAGUCUAUUGUUUUGUGUAUUGCAUUAUUUCUUACUUGUAAGUCACUCUGAGUUCAGUGGAACCUCGGAAGCCGAACACCUUUGAACUCGAACGUUUUAGCUCCCGAACGAUAGAAAACCGGAAGUGAUUGUUCCGAUUUUCGGAAGCCGAACGUCGGGUGCGGCUGCAGCCAAUCAGAAGUGCACCUUGGUUUUCGAACUGUUCUGGGAGUUGAACAGACUCCCAGAACGGAUUAAGUUUGAAAACCAAGGUACAACUGUACAGAUAAUUCCCAUUUUGCAUGAGGAUUCCAUUGCAGACCCCCACGCACCUAAAUCUGCCCCGCCCUCUUCCGUCCCUUUUCAUGACAUCUUUAUGAUGUCAUAAAGCCUACUUCCGGGUCCGGCGCUGUCAUUUGGACGCGCCUAAACAGGGAGUUGCCUGUACUAUAACAACAUCCAUUGGCUCCUGCUUCUACCUGGAAUACCAUGUCACGCUUUGUUUUUGCAGAGUGCAGUUCUUUCUCUCCGCCAACGACUGUGAUCCUUCUUAUCCUCUUGUGUUUUGAGGCUCUCCUCUUUCUAAUCUUCACGUCUGUAAUGUUUGGAACGCAGGUACACUCCAUCUGCACUGAUGAAACGGUGAGUGCUUCCUGAUCUCUUGCUCCCAUCCCCAAUUCCGUACAGUGCGUGAAUUUGCUUUAUUCUAUUGGAUGAACGCCGCUUUUAAGAAAAAUGCUUUUCUCACUUUGGUGAGCGUGUUCCCCAGGCAGGUGUAAAAGUAUUUUAUGAAUGGUAAUCGGAAUCACCUUGCAGUUUUCUUUCACUCCACCAAAUAGACUAGAAUCUCACACAACAGUCUGGUAUCUUAACGGCUUCUGUAAUUCCAAGUUCCCAGUUUUCACUGGGUUGUAGCAAAAGUCAGUUCUACUCAGAGUAAACCCAUUGACAUUAAUAAACAUGACUUAACUAUACCAGUAGGUCUACACUAAGCAGAACUUUGUUGGGUACAACCUAUUGUCUCUUACUAUUGUUCACACCUUGACAUGCAAAGACAAUAUGAGAUACAUGGUAGAAAGCCGUUUUUAUUCACGAGCUGCCUGUAGAGGAGCUGUAUCCUAAAAUAACAAUCUUCACCAUCCAAUUAGGUGGGAAACAUGCCAAUUGUUAAGACUGUAUUUAGUUGGACCAUAAGAUAAAGGUAAAGGGACCCCUGACCAAUAGGUCCAGUCGUGGCCGACUCUGGGGUUGCGGCGCUCAUCUCGCUUUAUUGGCCAAGGGAGCCAGCGUACAGCUUCCAGGUCAUGUGGCCAGCAUGACUGCUGCUUCUGGCGAACCAGAGCAGCGCACGGAAAUGCCAUUUACCUUCCCACCGGAGUGGUACCUAUUUAUCUACUUGCACUUUGCUGUGCUUUUGAACUGCUAGGUUGGCAGGAGCAGGGACUGAGCAACGAGAGCUCACCCUGUCAUGGGGAUUCAAACCGCCGACCUUCUGAUCGGCAAGUCCUAGGCUCUGUGGUUUAACCCACAGUGCCACCCGCGUUGGACCAUAGUGUUUCAUUAAAGUGGAUGUCUUGCGUCUCUGCUUUCUGCCCCUUUCAAAGGAGAAUUGUGAGGAACUAUUACCGUAUUUUUCGCUCUAUAACACACACCCGACCAUAACACGCACGUAGUUUUUAGAGGAGGAAAAUCCAUAGUCAUGCCACCCGUAGGCAUUCCCUCCAUAACACGCACAGAUAUUUCCCCUUACUUUUUAGGAGGAAAAAAGUGAGUGUUAUGGUGCAAAAAAUACGGUAUGUUGUAGUAUUGACCUUCGCUUGACACACCUGAAGGAAACUUGCAGUCUCAGCAUCCUUUCACAACUUCUGUGUCGCAGGACGGAUGUGUCUGUGUUCCGACAUGGCUGCUGGGGGGUGCACUCCCUAGUUAGUAGGAUGUUCUUUUAUUGUGAAUUGACAGCUGUAAAUAGAUGCCACUCUGACCCAACACAGUCAUUUUUGUCCUCUGCUUGUUUCCCCUCAUAAAUCAGACGGAAAGGCCUGUUUGUUUCCUUUGUUGAUAUCCAUUAUCAACGCGGGUUGCGCUGUGGUCUAACCACUGAGCCUCUUGGGCUUGCCGAUCGGAAGGUUGGCAGUUUGAAUCCACACAACGGGGUGAGCUCCCGUUGCUCUGUCCCAGCUCCUGCCAACCUAGCAAUCCCAAAGCAUGCCAGUGCAAGUAGAUAAAUAGGUACCGCUCCAGCGGGAAGGUAAAUGGUGUUUCCGUAUGCUCUGGUUUCCGCCACGGUGUCCCGUUGCGCCAGAAGUGGUUUAGUCCUGCUGGCCACAUGACCCAGGAAGCUGUGUGCAGACAAACACUGGCUCCCUUGGCCUGAAAGCGAGAUGAGCGCCACAACCCCAUAGUUACUUUUGCCUGGACUUAACCGCCCAGGGGUCCUUUACCUUAUAUAAAAAGGUUGUCAUGCAACUGAGCUUGGCAACUUAGUAGUAUCUUUAAAAAAGCAACUUCUGCAAAGGGCAUCUCCUAUAGAUAAUGAAUUAAUAUUUAACUAUCCAUUGCUAUGUGUGGGAAGUAAAUACUUCGUUCCUGGAGUAAACGGCUUUGAACUAAUGAGGUCAUAUAUACCUGAAAGUGCAUCCAUGGAGUCAGAACCUGUAGUGUCACUACUUAAUCUCCCCACCACACCCACAUCCUACCAGGUGAACAUGUCUAAGUUCAGCUGCCUAAACGUACAUGUCAUGCCUUGCAAUCCUAAACAGCCUAUUUCACUUUGUUAUGUGGGGCUUGCUCCCUAGUAAGCAUGCUUAGGACCGCAGCCCCAGGCUGCAGAGGGUUUUGCUUAAGCAUAAACCUUCCAAGAAUUCUAUGCCCGCUUUCAGGUUAACCGCAUUGCUCUUACCCAUGUUUUCUUGGGAGCUAAAAGUAAGUUGAAUGCCAAAGCAGAAAGGGUUAAAAAUGAAUAAUCUCCGAAGAAAAAACUGUUCUAUACAGUCAUACCCUGGUUUUCGGACAGCUUGGUUCUUGAACGUUUUGGCUCUCAAACCCCACAAACCCAGAAGUGACUGUUCUGGUUUGUGAACUAUUUUUGGAAGCCAAAUGUCCCAUGGCUUCUGAUUGGCUGCAGGAGCCUCCUGCAGCCAAUCAGAAGCUGUGCUUUGGUUUCCGAACGUUUUGGAAGUCGAACAGACUUCCAGAAUGGAUUCUGUUCGACUUCCAAGGUACGACUGUACAGGUUAUUUACCUACCAUAUUUUUCGCUCCACAAGACGCACCUUUUUUUCCUCCUAAAAAGUAAGGGGAAAUGUCUGUGCGUCUUAUGGAGUGAAUGCCUACGGAUGGUGGGGGGAUCCUGCUGCAGUCGUGAGCAGAGGAUCCAUGGUUCCCCUUCCUUCCCUCCUCCAUGGCUUUGAAGCAGCAAAGUGGGAGAGGAGCUGCUUACACAGGUAGCUAUAAGCGGCUCCUGUCCGGUUGGCUCCUUUAAAGCAAUCGUGCUCUUUCCCUCCCUCCUCCCUGCUCAGCUCGCUGAAAAGCUCCUUCUCCACACCCCACGCAUGCUCCUUGUCCCUUCAGUGUUUUUCCUUCCCUCCCAACUUAAAACGUGGUUACAAAGCACGGAUCCACAUGGAUCCUCAGGAUUUUUGCAUUGGGCUACCCCAAACUCACCGUCAAAUCACAUGUCUGUGGCCACAGCAUGAACCACAAAAAUCAUACACCCACUGUUUCUUUCAGAAUAUUUUUUUCUUGUUUUCCUCCUCUAAAAACUAGGUGCGUCUUACGGAGCAAAAAAUACGGUAGUCACUGCUUCCAAUGUCACUCACAUUUGCUGCCGCUACAAAAUUUUAAUUGGGUGCUCUUAUUUAUUCAAACUAUUUAUAAACCACUUGACUACCAUUGGCUCUAAGUGCUUUACAAGGAUACAGUAAAAAAAGGUAAAAAUCAGUUAAAACUGCAAAAUUAAACUUCAGUUAAAAUGUCUGCUGGAAUAUAACAGUCUUCAGUAGGUGCCAGAAGUUCAAUAACAGAACAGCAUACAAAAGUCCAGCAGCAGCGGGCAGGAGUUAAAACACAACAAAAUGAUUCUGUAUAAAAAUGGCAAAUGACUAACUGAUGGCAGCAAGCAGGAGGCUAAGAGCUUCACAGUUCUAAAAGGUAUUAAAUGACUCGAGCAAAACAAAGUUGUUCACUGGUGCCAAAGGGACGUCAGAUUCAGUAGCCAGUCAGUUUCCCUGGGGAAGGCAUUCCAAAGCCAUGAUGCCAUAGCAGAGAAGACCUCGUCGUGUGUGUGUGUGUGUGUGUGUGUGUGUGUGUGUAGAGGGAGUGACAUGGAGAAGCACAUUGGAGGGAGAUCUUCAUACCUGGAAAGGUCUAUGCAGAUGGCAGUCCAUAAGGUACUCAGGCCCUAAGCCAAUUGCAUCUAGAAAAGUUACAACUUGCAUUUUGAAUAUAGAUGCUCAUAUAUGCGGUCAGCUGUAGAAUGGCUUAACGUAAAUCUUGACAAAUUGCUGUCGACACAUACACAUACACACAGUUGUACCUUGGUUUUCGAAUGCCUUGUGACUCAAACGUUUUGGCUCCCGAAUGCCGCAAACCCGGAAGUGAGUGUUUGAGAACUUUUUUUGGAAGCCGAACGUCCGACGCAGCUUCCGAUUGCAUGCAGGAAGCUCUUGCAGCCAAUCAGAAGCCAUGCCUUGGUUUUCAAACAUUUUUGGAAGUCAAACUUCCAAAAUGGAUUCCAUUCAAGAACCAAGGUACAACUAUAUUUUACUACAUGCUAAACUGUCGUUUUGUAUGCACAGUCCUCCAGAACUACAAAAUCUCUUUUCUGGGUAGUUGCAUGUAAAUUCAGAUCCCACCGAUGUAAAUAUGAAGUUAGACUUUGGGUCUUUUUUUUUUUUGCCCUGAGUAUCACUUUGCACUUACUUGAAUAUUGUUUUGCCCUUUUGUUGCUCAUCACCCAGUUUGGAGAGAUGUUCCAAAACUUCUCCAUUCUGCUUUAGAUUCCACCAUCCUUAGUGCAUCCUGCCAAACUUGGUUAAAAGCUUCAAGUUAUGCUUCCAGGCAUGAUGGCAAACAGUACUUUACCUUCACAAGCAUCAAGGCAAAGCCAGGAUUUCAAACUGUGGCCUAAACCUGCUUUGCAUAAACCACAGUUUACUAGGUUUGCUGCAAGCAGAAGUUCUGAAUUCCUCCUCUGUUUGAAUGCCAUAGGAGAGAAGGGUAUGUGCAGGCCCCAAGUUUAUAGCUGUUCAUAACAGUAAAUCAUGUUUUGCUGUUACAACUGAAUGCAUUCAGGAUCUACUGGCUCACACACCUGUUGAGACUCAAAGGAUUCUCAAAAUAUUGUUAAGGCAGAAGUUGUCUUUCCAGAAGCCGUGCUACUUCAUUCUCAGCGAGGCUUAUUCUUCGAUACGCUUCAUAAUUUUAUCUUACCUGGCUCAGAAAUUAGGCUGAUGAGUCUGCCGUUACCCCAAUUUGCCUCCAAAUCUCCCUUUUAAAAAAAAGUGUUAUAUUUGUCGGUGAUGAGGUUGAUUUUGUAAGUAGACUAUUUAGAUGAGCAACUUUACAUUUGCAUAUGAAUGUCAUCCAGAUCCAGCGAUCGCUAGUUGAAACACAUUGCCUUUCUCGGUUUGACUCGGAUGUGUCAGAUGUUGGCAUCGCUAACAUCUUCUGCGGCUUAAGCAGAUGAAAAUAAUCUACCUUGCUCUCUGCUGUCGCCAGGUCCUCCUUCAGAUGACCCUUUUAUAUAUUAUCCAGAGGUCCUGCCAUCUCCCUGACUCCUUGCCUAUAUUUCUUAAAGAAAUAUUUAGCUGUAUCUGUGCCUCCAGCAAUUUGCUCCUCACCUCUCUUCUCUCUACGCCUUAGCGAUUUCCGCAUUUUGCCAGAGCUGUUUCUCGCCACCCGCCCAUUUCCUUCAGUUUAGGAAGAUUUCUGUUUUAUUAAAGAAUUAAAUUUGCAGCUCUUUUCGUAUUCAUACCAGUUCUGAUGUAUUUAUUGAUUAGUAUAAUUUUCUGUACUGCCUUUGACUCCAGGAAGGGUCACAAAAAGACCCCAGUGAGUACUAAUCUUUCCCCCAAAUCAUAAAACAUCUAUAAAAACCUUUCAGUCAAAUAUGAAUAUAAACUACAGGAUUCAGGCAUUAAUGACCUGGAAAAGCCUGAGCAAAUAAGUUUUUGAAGCGUUCCGGAAGCACCCAUCCGUUGAUGCCUGCCUAAAUUGGAGUUUUAUGUUCUGUUGGAUCAUUUUUUAUAGUGGCUAUAAAGCAAUUUUGGGGCUUCCUGACUCUCGCCUCCAACUUCCUUUUUAACUUAUCUCCACCCCCACCCCCCCUUUUUUGAGGAAUGGCUGCUUCUGGAAAUGCAUUUGACUGGGGGGGACUUUCUAGGCAAUUCUCUUCUGGUGUGUAUAUGAUGAAUUUGAUACUGUUUUAGUUUCUCUUCAAGUGGCUUGAAAUUGCUCAUUGCUCAGAUGAGAGCCAUUCACUGCUAAGCAUUUAAAUCAAGGAUCACCUUAUCUCUCCUUAGCUUGCAUGGCUAUUUUUAGGCACAGUCAUUUUUUGUGUGUGCGCGCGUAGAAAUAUUUAGAAAUAUAGGAAUAUUUUCUUUGCCACAGUGUGUACACUUAACCACCAUGACAGGUUUUCUGCAUAAUUAACACCUGUUAUCACAUGAUCCCUUCUGGCUGUACCCAAGAUUCCAAUAUAUUUCCAGGUCCCCAUUUUGAUAAAUGUGACAACUGUAGUUCCUCUGUGUUUGACCUGGUAUUGUGAGUGCCCGCCCCCCCCAGCUUCCUUUGGCUCUGUGACUUGGUUCUCCCUAGAGUUUCUCAUUUCAUUGCACUCUGUCCUUCCUACCUUUCUAAAUGUCAGUGUGAAAAAUGGGCCUCAAAUCUUUGACACGGCAUACAGUAAUACCUUGGUUCUCAAACAUAAUCCAUUCCAGAAGUCCGUUCCAAAACCAAACCGUUCCAAAACCAAGGCGUGCGUUCCCAUAGAAAGUAAUGCAAAAUGGAUUAAUCCGUUCCAGACUUUUUGAAACAACCCCUAAGACAGCAAUUUAACAUGAAUUUUGCUAUCUAAAAAGACCAUUGGUCCAUAAAAUGAAAGCAAUAAACAACGUACCGCAGUCACACAAUCCAUCAAUCAGUAGCUGAACUGGGUUCCACACAGUCACAAAAACAAAACAAAAAACAAGCCACAAAAACGCAAAAUAAAUAGGAAAAAAAGGUAGAGCUCAGCGUGGCGCUCAAAUUGGAAGCGUGGCACUCAAAUCGGAAGCAUAACACUCCAAACAGAGCACGUUCCGCUUCCCAAAAAACUUCGCAAACUAGAGCACUUACUUCCGGGUUUGCAGUGCUUGGGUUCCAAGUUGUUUGAGUACCAAAGCGUUUGAGAACCAAGGUAGCACUGUAUUUUAGAAAACUGAUUCAUUUCCCAGUGUACAACUCUACACUUUGUGUCGGUGUUCUUUCAGAUUUGGAGUCGUGAUUGCAAACGCUAACAUGCAAGUGGUCAGCAAACAAAUGAUGUGUUAUCGGAAACGUCUCAGUUUGCUCUCCCCCUAACCGUUCCUAAACUAAUGGGGUACCUUUUUUCACUUUGAUAUAUGCACCGUCUUUAUCCUGCAACUCUUUUUCCCUGCUGACACAGCCUGUAGCUUGCUAGUCAGAAGAUUCAGUGGGGCUUAAAAAGCGGGCAUUUCUUGAACUUCCUUGUGGAGAACUUGGAAGCGGUUGGAGGGAUUAACCAUUUGCACAAAACCUUUUUGGCUCCCUUAUCCAAUGCUUUUAUUUGGAGACUUCCUAAAACUUUCAUAACACGUUAUAUGACUUCCUCUUUGUUCAUAAAUUUGCUGCUGGUUUGUGUUCGUUCUUUUUCUCUCCUUUUGCAAACUCACAAAGUGGGGAGUGUUCAGGGAAUUGGUUAUUUUCCUGCUGCAGCCAUUUGAUUAAAGGGUAGGGACCCUUUUUCCCCGAAACCAGAACUACCAAGUUAAGUUCCUGACUGAAAAUGUCAUGUUUCUGUUUUCAGGGAAUAGAACAGUUGAAAAAAGAAGAGAGAAGAUGGGCUAAAAAAACAAAAUGGAUGAACAUGAAAGCAGUAUUUGGCCAUCCGUUCUCUAUAGUUUGGCUUAGCCCAUUUGCCACUCCUGAUCAAGGAAAAGCAGACCCCUAUCAGUAUGUGGUCUAAGACUCCAUGAACAGCAUUUCCACUAAAACACAAAAACCACAUUUACAGCACUACUGUUAUUCUACAUGAAUGUUUCAAACGAAUUUUUUUAAAGAAAAAAACGCCUAUUAAAUGGCUGAUGAUGGCAGAGAAAAGACAAAAAAAAGCGCCCUGUAGUCUAAAAACAACUAAAAAAGAGAACUUUUCGGUCAUUCUUUGUCUCUGGUGGCUAAAGCUUUUUUUUCUUUUCUUUUUUAACCUGUUAACUUGAUGGGUCUGUUUUGGUUUCCUGUCUGCUUUCUGUAUGACAUAACUAAUGGAAAAGGGGGGGUCUCUCUUUUCUUGGCGCCCACCUCCAGUCUUUACACACCCUGACUGGCACCCGAGUGACAAUCUGUGCCAACAGUGCCAUCUCGUUGCGUAACAAAUUAUGGACUUUGGGAUGGCAGCUGACGCUUUCGGUGGGCUAUGGGGGCCUCUUUGUGUUGCGAUAUUCCCUUCCACCCCCACCCUGAGCUUUUAAGCCUCGCUAAGAACCGAAAGAUGGAAGAACAAAAGUCCGAGCCUGUUAAUAACAAAAUUGCCUAGCUUUUAAUGUCUCAAAUGUAUUGCCGACAUUACCGUACUUUGGGAAGCUACAGAAAGGAUUCCAUCUCCUCCCCCCUUUUUUCAAUUUUUUUAUGCUGUUUGGUUCCAUCCUCUCCCUGGUUCCUGGGCUAAACGGCGGAAGGUUUUUGUCGGCGUGUGUGGGUUUUGAUGCCUUACGACUGGAGGAGGGAGAAAUCUUUAUUUCAAUGUAUAGAAUAGCAAGGUGAUGUCUGUCUUUGUUUUGGAAAAUAAAAAUAAAAGGAGGGAUUCAACAGUGUUCAUAUGUAUGUAGGCUUGCCGGUCCAAAUGAGAACCUAAGCACAGGAUGUUUCCGUAGAUGCGUUGUCUUUUUUUAAAAGAAAUAUUGCCACCUUUUUUAUAUCUCUGUAAAUGUCUUUUCUCCUUUAUAUUUAUACAUAUUAUAUAUUUUACAUUGGGGAGAUGUCAAGUGUUAAAGGAUCAUGCAUGUCUUCUGUCACGGCUUUGUGGACGGCAAGCUCUAUAUGUAGUAAGAUCUGGGAAACGGGAACUUGAGUAGAGGGCAUUCUGUAUAAAACAAAAGCGAGUAGAAUUAACUAGUUUACACCCGAAACGACUUAAGUCUGUAGAAUUAUUAUUUUUUGGGGUAUCUCGACAGGGAUUUUAUUGUAUAUUUUGGAUCCAAAAAACUACUGAUUAGAGCCAUCAUAGUAAUUGCAAAAAACAAAACAAGAUCCAGCACUAUAAGAUGGUAGAACUGCAAAUAAGCUAUUCUUCUUUUGACUGCAAAUUAAUUCUUUUGACUGAAUCAAAGCCGGGGUGGGAAUCAGUGAAGGAGGCUAAGAUCUGUCUCGUUUCAAAACUAUGUAAAUGCUGCAUCUUUUCAAUUCUGUCAAUGCUUCCAUAUGGGAAACAAAUGCAAUAAACCUUUUCUGAACACUGUUCCUG